UCUCUGCGUCGGCCGUUCGCGGGAGACUUCGAUAAUCAGAACCGGGGUGGUAAAACAGAAACAGGGAUUACAACCAGCGAUAAUAAUACGAUUAUAUACACUUUACGGCUUACCUCUGAAGACGAAUCACGAACGGACUGUGACGCGUUUUCACAAACAGUGCUUCUCGAUACAAGCUGUUCGCUAACCGGUAGACGGUGACUUCUUUUCCGGAGUACAUGCUUAUAGCGAUGCUGAUCAGCGAAGAGAGGGCCAGUUUCAGCAGUAUAAAAAAGUAGUGCGACAUGUCGCAGCACCCGACGCGUCCGCCGGGCACGCCUGGGCCUCCCGGUGUUCCUCCGGGAAGCUGGGCGAACCGGCCAGGCGCUCCAAGUCCGUUCCGACCGGCGUCUCCCUACAGUCCCUCACCCCCGCCCCACCACCAUCCCCACAACCACCCCCACUCCUUACCCCACCCCCAUAACCGCUCUCGCGGGCCAACCACCCCCAUGCACCCGCACCCCAUGUCGCCGCUCAGCUAUCCCCCCAUGAUGCACCCGAUGAGUCCGGUGCCCAUGGGCAUGCCCAUUUCCCCGGGAAUGUCACCCAUUUUCGGCUGUCCACCACCGCCGGGAUACAUCCAAUGCCCGAGACCUCGAUGGCCGUCGCCUUUGCCGCCGGGGUCGGUUCCUCGACCUUAUUUACCACCGCAGAGUCCGGUAGGAAGCGGAAGCGGUUCGCCGAUUCCCUGUGGUCCACCGGAAUACCUGAUCGCACCGUACAGACCCGGUGAUUACGAGUACGUCGGUGUGCCGUUGGAGCCGAGUCAGGGCGACGAAGAAGCGACGGGUCCGAGUACGGCGGAAAUCAUCGCGAGUCAGAGCCAGGAUUACGUUGACGAGAAGCUAGCCGAGUACCAAGCGACCAUCCAACAACUUCAGGAUGAACAGGAGCGCGUGCAAAAGAAGACUUUUGUAAAUUGGAUUAAUUCCUACCUCUCGAAGCGAGUUCCACCGCUUCGAGUAGAGGAACUGAUCGAGGAUUUGAAAGAUGGAACGCGCCUUCUUGCCCUACUUGAAGUUUUGUCUGGGGAGAAACUGCCGGUUGAAAGAGGACGUAACUUAAAGAGACCUCAUUUCCUCAGCAAUGCAAAUACGGCACUUCAAUUUUUACAGAGCAAAAAAAUCAAAUUAGUGAACAUUAAUUCAUCCGAUCUAGUGGAUGGACGACCUCCGGUAGUAUUGGGACUUAUUUGGACCAUCAUCCUGUAUUUCCAGCUACGAUCAAAGGAUCGAAGGCGGAUCGAAGAGAACACCAGAGCCCUCGAGUACUUGGGCCAGACGUGGGGUAGCCAGAGCAGCCUUGACAGCCUUGGCACUCAGGGUUCGGCGGCAAACGAACGCCGCCGACAGAGCAGCGAGAAGUGGAAGCAGGGUGCCAGGAAGACGUUGUUGCAGUGGGUGACCAACGCCUUGCCGAAGGACGCCGGAAUCCAGGUACGAGACUUCGGGGAGAGUUGGAGGGAUGGAAACGCGUUCUUGGCCAUAAUCGACGCCAUCAGAGCCAACCUGGUCAACAUCGCCGCCAUGCGAGAGGCCUCCAACAAGUCUCGUCUUGAGACGGCAUUCCAGGUCGCUGAAACAGAGCUGGGAAUCGCCCGACUUCUCGACCCCGAGGACGUUGACGUGCCGCGUCCCGACGAGAAAUCCAUCAUGACUUACGUCGCUCAGUUUCUGCACAAGUACCCCGAGCCCAGAAGCACGGGGCCUGACUCGUUUGCCGCUGUGCAACAGGAGUACGACUCACUUUUGGCCUGGCUCAACGACAGGACUAGACAACUUGAACAGCUCGAUAGAACCAACGCCUUCCCGAUGAGCUAUCCGGAAUACAUGCUGUUCAGAAGUGAAACUGACGACAAAUCAGUCAGUUACCGGAAACUUCAGAAUCUUGUCGAUACUCCGAGCAUGAUCAGCAUAACUCGAGACUCUUGGAGACAGAUUGAAACCUUAUGGAAUAAAAUGGAAAUCCUGAUGCUACGCUGGCUUUGGCUUCUGGAUUCAUCGCUCCCCGGUGAGUUUGGAGAAGUGGGAAGAUGGCUGGCUGGAGCCGAGCAAAUCCUCAAAUCGGACGGUGACAUCCCGGAUGAAAUGACGGAGGAGACCGCAAGUAUAAUUUCAAACAAGCUCGAAGAGCACAAGAAAUACUUUUUGGACUUGCCGGAGGUUACGGAGAAAUUCCAAGGCAUUAGAGGAUCUCCUGUCGCUCAGCAAAUCUCUCUGGAACAACUGGAAAGCAUAGCUUCGAGACUGGCGACUUUACCGACUCGCGCUGCUAAGCGCAGAAUCCGUCUUAAGUUCCUAGAACACAAAUGUUGUCUGAUCGCGUUCCUAUUCUUAGUCGAGACGAAAUUGAAGGGCUGGAGUGUGAAGUACGGAACGGAGGAUAAAGUUCAUCAGAUGCUCGAACAGUACAGGAACUUCGUCUCGAGAAAUAGAAUAUUCCAGGAAUUUCAGAAGGCGUAUUUGGACAUGCAACAAGUCGUUGAGGAGUACAAGAGGGAGGGAGACGUUGACCGGCAGGAAUCCAUCAGUGCCGAUCGAUUUAUGCGAGAGACCGGUGAAAAGUGGAAAAACGUAUCAAUGGAUUUGCGCUGUGUGCAAAGUAUGCUUGAAGAAGUUGUUGCAUAUUGGCGUCGCUGGGCCACCGUGGCCGACGAUUUUGAAUCUUGGCUAUCCAAGGCUGAACCGGCACUAGAAUUACCGGAUGAGGAACGAAUGGAGUUCUUCCAGGACAUCAGCGUGCGGAAAGAUAAAUACCAGCAGCUAUCAGACACUGUUAGCUUCCUCAUAGCAACCUCCGACGAACAGGUUGCUCUUCAAUUGAAGGACCGGUACACCCGAAUGACAUCGAGAUGGGAGAACCUCUUCUCCGAAGCGAAGCAAUACAUGCACGCCGGAGAUUUACUUAGAAAUAGAAAGGACUACAGAGCGGGAGUUGAGACCUUGCAGAAAUGGUUGAGAAACGCAGAAUCAGUACUAUCCACGACGCAGCUAACUUCGACCGAAAGAAUCAAGGCCUACGGAGAACAGCUUCAACUUUUGCACAACGAAGUCGAAGGAAUAGAGGAGUUGUUUAGGAACAUUAGUAAAAAGUUCCAAUGUCUUAUUCAAGACAUGUCACGGGAGGAAGUUGAUAAGAUGAUGAACACCUUGAAGAAAGAGAAAGAGGCUCUCGUCAAGGUCCGCGCUUUGAUACCGAUGCAGCUGCACUUGUAUCACCAGCUUCUCGUUCAGCAAGAAUCCUUGGAAGCUGGGCAGAAGGAAAUCUCCAACUGGUUAGACGAGGCGGAACGUUUGUUGACCUCAAUUAAUCUUGCGGGAGGCAGAGACGCGGCUUUGGCUCACCUCGAUCGUCACAAAGCAUUUUUCUCACGGACAUUGUACUACAAGUCCAUGUUGGAAUCUAAGAACAAAGUUUUCUCCAGUAUGGUGAAGUCAGUGGACUGUCAGGCGAGUACAGAGGUUGCCGAAGGAGGAGCUGCUCUUCGUGAUUUGAACGACCGAUUUGCUCACGUUUCGCAAUCAGCACAGAUAUGGGAGCAGCGACUUCAAGAAGCCGUGCGCUGUUGGACGAAAUUCCGUGAGUGUGAAAGACAGAUUUCGGAAUGGCUUUCUGCUGCGGAAACCUUGAUAAACGACAAACACAUCGACAGUCGUCAAUCCGUGGAAUACCACAAGAACUUCUUUGGGAAGGUUAACGAAAAAUGGAUCCAGGACUUGAUCAACGCGGGUCAAGAUCUCAGGAACGCUCUACCGGCAGAACAACAGGCUCCGAUCGUCGAGGCUUUAAACAAUCUGCAAAAACGUUGGAAGGAAGUCUUAACAUUUGCACCGCUUCAUCUGAUGCGACUUGAGUUCCGCCUUGACGAGGCUGCCUUUUUACAGUACUUGAAAGAAAUUGAGAUGGAGAUUAACUCGGAACAACAGGCACUUAUUAAAAACGACGAUGUUGGAGGGAUCGUCCAACGAAAUACGGAGUUCUUCGUGAGUCGCGGUGUCGUUUUAGAAGUAGAACGCUGCCUGCAAACUUUGAAAAAGAUCAGCACGGCUUAUCAUCUCCUUAAGCCAGACGACUCAAGUCUUAAUGAAGCAACUCAGAGAGCAGAGAAUCAAUGGGAAGACACGGCACAACGCGUUGAAACCCUGAGGGAACAACUGCGCAAAGUGCCUGAACAAUGGGCUGCUUACAGACAAAAGUUUAACGAGAUGGUGCACUGGAUGGACCACGUUGACAGCACUCUGAGAACUAUUUUACAGGAAGUGAGCUCCUUGGAGGAAUUCGAAAAAGAGAAGACGGUAUUCCAACUUCACACGGUGACGCAAAUAUGCCGCGAGGCUGACAGCAAACGAGAGGAGAUGAAGUGGUUGGUACAGACUUUGGAUAGCCUCGCCUCGAAUCGUUCGGAUCACGAAGCAAUAUCUGAGCAAAAUCAACUGGAACAACUUAUCACGCGUUACAAGAACUUGAUACCAACAAUUGAGAUCACGAUGACAAAGACGGAUAUCUACUCGAAGAGUUAUACCUACCGGAAAGAGGUCCGUGAGGUUUGUACUUUACUCGAAAAGGUCCGCGAGCAAUCUACUGUUCCUGUUAAACCCGAAAGUAUCGAGAUCUUGCGCAAAGCACUUUCGCACCAAGAGACGCGUCUCACUCAGCUGGAACAACAGAGAGCCAAUAUUGUCAGUAUGCUGCAACGUGGAAAAGACAUACUGAAAGAUCAGCACGCACCGACCUUCGUGUCCUCAGAAGUCCAGCAACUGGAAUCAAGCUGGAAUAACACCUAUGGGCAGAGUAUCGAGGCUUUGAAGACCUUAAAGAGCACUCAGAAACUCUGGAGCAACUAUCAGCAACAAAAGGAGGAGGUCUUGAAUUUGAUAGAGCAGGCAGAAGGCGAACUCAGGGGCGUCGAGACGGGCUGUCAUGAUUCUAACCAAAUGUCUGCUGACCUUCAGAGUAAACACGAGCUGAGUAUCACGUUGCGCAAGGCUGCCGAAGAGAUGUUGAAGAAGCUGAGAGAUGUUUACAGCAACCUUUCAGAGGUUACCGCACCCGAGAAGAGACCCGUUUUGGAAAAAGAAAUCACUGAUGUAGAAAAAAGGCUUCACGUCACCCUUGAGACUGUUCAGGAACGGGUCGUUUUUCUACAACAAUUUAAUGCGAAGUGGACCAAGUUCCAGGCCAGACUCGGUGAAUUACAGUCUUGGACACAACAGAGUGCACCGCAACUUCUCGCUCAGAUACAAGAAAUAUCAACAUCUCCGGAGGAACGUGUACGCAAAACCGAGAGCCUGCAAAAACAGAUAUACGAAAAAAUAACCGUGUUGAAGGUUCUCGACGAAGAGUCUUUGCAGUUGGUAAAGGAUGACAAGGACAAUCUUGAGGCGAAGAAAUUACGUGCGGAAAUUAUAGAACUUCAAGAAGCUGCGAAUUCUUUGAACAAAAGUAUAGUGUACCAAAAGGAAAUGGCUGGUCGCAAUUUGGCUACAUGGAAAGAAUAUGAAGUUGGUAUUCAGCAGCUCAAGCCUUGGGUAGAACAGGCCGAGAUCAAAGCAGCUACGAUCGGCUCGAAACCGUCCACGCUUGCACAGGCAACCGAAAUGCUGUCAACGGCAAAGGCCUUCGAAAAACAAUGCGAGGAGCAGCUUCCACAGGUCCAAGAACUGUGGGUACUUAGCCAACAGAUCGCGGGUAGAACAGUCGCACCUGACGAGGUGGAUGCUGUUCAUACUCGGUGGAACUCCGUCCACGAUGUAGCCAUCCAAACAGCAACUAAACUGGACAAACUAGUAUCGUCCUGGAACACGUUUGAAUCAGAGGCAAAGGAAUUUGACUCUUGGCUGCAGGUUAGCGAGAAGGGAUCUUUGGAGGAGCCGAACGUAAAGACGCCGGAGACGGUGAAAUUAGAACGAGAACUUGCUCGUUUGAAGGAAUUCAACAAGGACAUAUCCGACAGGCAAGCCCAAUUGAUAUCUCUGACGCAGGUCUCAGAUCACAUCAGUCAUGGCCUGGCGUUGGAAGGUGCAACUAAUUUGAAGGGACGGGUGGUCGAGAUGAAGGCUCGCGUGAAUAAGCUAGCUGACAUUGUCAGAGGCCAGAUAAACCAAGUAUCAGACGCUUUACUUGCCCGACAAGAGUUCCAGAUUAAACUGACAGACUUUGACAACUGGAUGUCAAGACUGCGAGCAAACAUAGCUGAGAUCAGCGAUGUGAACGCUGAUAAUGUCGACACGAACCUGCAAGCGGUACACGCGUAUUUGCAGGAACAUUCUGACAAGCAGCCCAGCUUUGCUGGCAUUUACGAAGAGGUAAAGCAUCUUUCGGAACAAAGCUCACCGGAAGAAGUGGCAGCGCUGAAUGAACUUUAUUCCUCUCUAGCUACGAAGUACCAGGCUCUUGAGGACGAUCUGAAUCAGAAAAAGAAAGGACUCGAAAAAUGGGCGGAACUUUUGAGCUGGCACGCAGACACGAGUGCCCAGUUGAGUCACAGUAAGUAUCAAGUCGAUGCCCAUAAACCAACUGUAUCUGACUUGGAAAGGUUGACAUCAGAAUUGCAGACGAUGUCGACUAAGAUUAACACUUGGAAGGUACAAGUACCCCAGGUGGACACUUCGAUGGGUGUGCAAGUGCGCGAUAAAUUGGAGAAACCACUGACAGCUUCCGCUUUGGUGCAUGAACUUGAAGCCAAGGCUGUCACUCUGCAGACUGAACUCGCUACGAAGCGUGACAAACUGGAAAAUUUGAGUGCCCGUUGGGAUAACUUCAGAAAAACGCAGCAAAUUUUAACAGAAGAAAUUACCAGAACACAAACCACACUCCAGGAUAUCACCAUGAAGGUUGAUACCUGCGAAAAGUUGGCUCCAGCGGUUGAGCAGAUUGAGCAACUAAUCGCUGAUCAUCAGCAACGUGAACCGGACAAGGAAACUCUGCAUCGUGAGGGAAAUACCCUGAUGAAAGAGGAUCAGAGAGCUGUGACUAAUAUCCAGGUUGUCUUAUCUUCGACAGAUGCCAACUGGGAGAAAGUUAAUGAGCUAUUGAGAGAGCAGAAGAAUAAAUAUGCCGAUAUGGAUGGUGGUUGGAAGCAAUUUUUAGAAGCUAAAAAGAAGCUAUCCAGCCAUCUUAAACAAUCAAAAACAUUGUGCCAAUCUAUACAGGAAGUGCCAAAUGAUAUAACGCAAGCAAGCGCUGCUCUUGACAAGCAUAAGAAAGCCGCUGAUAUGCUGAAGAAGGGAAAGCAAUCCUUGGAGAAAAUGGACAACAAAGCGCAGCAGUUAAUCAAGGAAGCGUCACUAAUGCCAAACUUUAAGUCUGAGCUUAUAGAAAAAGACCUCGCAAAAAUGCGCAAGCAGUAUCAGGACGCGUAUACAAACGUCGUGGAGAAGACUCAGAUUUACGAAACUCAGGUGAUCAUAUGGAAGCAAAUUGAUGAAGCAAAGUACGAAUUAUCGAGGUGGUUGAGUGACACAAAUGAAGCAUUGAUGAGUGCCUGCAAAAAUUUAUCUGAUGCUGAAAAUGGGCAACUGAAGCUUGCCAGGUAUCGCGACGAAUUGCCGGCUCACCAAUUACUCCGACAAGGCAUUGCAGCGAAGACUGCCCAAUUAUCGAAAAUGAAUAACAAUGCAAGUAUACCCACACUGAAGUCCCUCAGUGAUUUGUUGGACGAUCAAUUCAGGGUCGUCAAGGAGUCAGCAGAUAAACUGGAGUCCGUGACUUCGUCAUUCCAUGAAAAAGAGAAGAAUAUUCGAGAAGAACUAAAGCGAUCUGGAGAGGCGAUUUCGAAAAUUCGUGAAGACAUUAUUAAGUGCGAUGAUCUAACGGGUGAAAACACGAAAAUUCUUGCAAGGAUCAACAAAUGCCAAGCGCUAAAAGGCGAAUUGGAACAAGCUAACAAUGCUCUUUCUGCCGUAGAGAAAAAGGUAACAGACAUGUCCUCGGAAUAUCCAGCUAUUUCCAAGUCUACGUUACCUAAGGAACUUCAAGCACUGCAGCAACGUCAUGACGGUGUGGCCAGUCAUGCUGAUAAGGUAAGCGCCACUCUGGUAGCCUUCUUGACAAAGUUGUAUCACGAGAAAUUUGGAGCCCUGCAACGCAUGGUGGCUACACAUAAAGAAAAGGUAGCUUGGUGUGAACCGGAGCAAAGUAGUGAUCGGUAUAAUCUUGAGGUGAAGAUGGCUUCGCUCAUUGAUGUAGAGACAGGAAUAUCUGAUUGCGAAUCCCGUAAAGCUGACGUGGAUAAUUCAUUAAAGUUGUUGGAGUCAGUGGAGAGUAAGGAAACAAUGAUCGGAUUAAAGGCAGAACGCGACAAGGUUGCUGCGGAUUUGAAAUCGCUGAAGAAAAGUUAUUCGAAGAUAAAACAAGUCUUAGAUCGCAAUAUUGCUCUGUGGCAACGAUACGAGCUGAUGUCGGAAAAUGUUUCGAGUUGGUUGAAGGAAACUGAGAAUAAAAUUAGAAUAGAAAGUAGUGUUCAGGUAACUCUCACUGAUGUUGAAAAUAAAAUCAAGGAAAUAGUUGAGUUCCAGACAAUUGUCUCGAAGUAUGAAGCGGAAAUUAAAGAAUUGAGUAGCUUGGGCGAAGACAUUCUUAAAGUGAGCCCAGAGUCCCGUGUUGGCCAGUACGUAGGUCACUUGAAUACUCGCUAUCAAGCUAUUGUGAAAUUUUUAUCAUCGCAUUUGGAGCGCCUUGAAGAAGUUGCAAGAGGUCGCGACCAAUACCAUGUUAAUGUUAAGGAACUCGAAGCUUGGAUUAAAGGUGCUGAACAGAAAUUGAACAAGUUUGGUGAGAUCUCUGGACCAAAGGCUAUAACCUUCUAUCAAUCGCGAUUGAAAGAACUGAAAGGAUUCGCUGAAGAACGUGAGAAAGGUCAAGUAAUUUUGAAUCGUACUGCAGAAGCUGGAGAAGCUCUGUAUUCCAGAAUCACGCCAGAGAAUCGAGAAACCAUUAGAACGGAGUUACGUAAUCUCAGAAAUCAAGUGGAGUCAUUGACGGACCGAGCUAACGUUAUUUACAAGCGAAUUGAAAGCGAUAUGAUGCACAGGUCAUCUUUCGAGGACAAAUACUCUCAAGUCAAGCAAUGGGUAUUUGAUGCUCAGACCAAACUCGCAGAAAAGUGCCACCUCUUGCCUAACCUUCAAGAAAAGAAAUUGGAACUCCACUUUUUCCGAACAAUCGCUCAGGAUGUGAACGUGCAUAGAAAUAUCUUGCAACAACUUCAGGACAGACUUCCGACCAUGUCAGAUGACGACGCAGCUGAGAUGUUGAAAAACGUGAUCGACGCAUACGAUCAGCUUUCGGAGAAUGUUGAAAACAAGAUUAGUACGUCAGAAAAAUAUGUGGCCAACCAUGAAUCUUACUUGCAAUCGAUUGAAAAGAUGCGAGACUGGAUCAAUACUCUGGUAAAUGAGGCAUCGCCUGUCACAGAUGAUUUAACUAUCGACAGAGACACUGCAAAGGCAAAAAUAGCCCUCAUAGAAAAUAUACUUCAACAAAAGCCUGAAGGAGAUCGAAUUAUGAAAGAGGUUACCGACCAGUUGAACGUCGUACUGGAACAAACUUCGUUGCAAGGACAGCAGCCUCUUCUGAAGCUACACAGCGAAUUGAAGUGGGACGAGUUUAUCCAGAAAUGUCUCGAAUCUCGAGACAAGUUGAAUCAACUUUUCGACAAGUGGGCAGAGUUUGAAAAGGUCGUCGAAUCGCUGGAAACGUGGAUAAAGCAGAUGGAACCACAAGUUAAAGAUCAGAGUUUGAAGAGUACGGAAGACACUAAGCGAAUUCACCUGCAGAAAUUGAAAGGACUGGAGGAAGAUAUAAAUGCGAAAAGUGGAGAUUUCAACGCCGCUGUUGAAAAAAGCCAGGCAAUCGAAGGUGAGUCAGAAUUGGCCACGAAAAUAUCACGACAAGCAACGAGAUAUCAAGCUAUCAAAAAUCAAGCAAAGGAAGCAGUCGCGCGAUACGAACAAUUCGUCAAGGAGCACAAAAUCUUCAAUGAGAAGUACAACCAAUUCUUAGAAUGGGUUCGUGACGUUGAUAGGGAAUUGAAAAAACACAGUCAAAUCGUCGGUGACUUAUCGGUGUUGCAGACCAGGCAGAAGAACAUACGUGACUUGGCCGACACUCGAACCAAAGAAAAUGCUAAAUUUGAAUCGGUCAUAGACCUUGGAGAAAAAUUGUACGCUCAUACAUCACCGGAUGGUAGAGAAAUUGUUCGUCAGCAGUUGCGUAACUUGAGAACCGUGUGGGACGGUUUCUCAGAGGACUUGCAAUCCGCGAUGCAAAAGUUAGAUCAAUGCCUGAUGCAAUUUGCUGAAUUUUCACUUUCUCAAGAGCAACUUACCACGUGGCUCCGUGAUGUGGAACGUGCCAUGCACCAACAUACAGAGUUAAAGUCAUCUUUACAGGAAAAACGAGCUCAGCUGCAAAACCACAAGAUAAUGCAUCAAGAAAUAAUGUCUCAUCAGGCCUUGGUGGAAUCUGUUUGUGACAAAGCUCAGCAACUCGUUGAUCAAACAAAAGAUUCGUCGCUCAAUGUCUACCUGCAAUCCAUCAAGCAACUGUUCCAGAAUAUUGUGGGUAAGUCACAGGAUCUGUUGGAGAAUCUGGAAGACUGCGUCGACAAGCACAAUCAGUUUAAUGCACAAUGUAAGAGUUUCACUGAUUGGUUGAGCGGUGAACACGAAAAACUGCUGGAGUGCAAUGAUGUCACGGGAGAAAAGGGUGAUAUCACUCGUCGACUUGCGACUCUUGCUGUUCUGAAGGACGGACAAACUCAGGGAGCUAAUCGUCUUGCUAGUCUGAAGGAGCUAGGUGCAACUGUUUCGAAGAGUACCGCACCAAAAGGACAAGAAGUCAUCAAUAAAGAAAUUGCAAGUCUGGAAGCCGAUUUGCACCAACAUCUGAGUGAAAUCGAAUCGGUGGAGAACAAGCAAAUUGGUGCGCUCCAAAAGUGGCAAGAUUUCGAGGACCAGUUGGAGUCACACACUCGAUGGUUCCGUGCAAUGGAAGCUGCGUUCCGAGAUCAACAGCUUCAAGCCACUCUGAAAGACAAGGAAAGUCAACUGAGUACCUUUAAAGAUAAACGUGAAUCUAUUGCGAAACAGGAGCGAGAAAUUGACGAAUUUGUCGAUAAAUCUCACGGUCUUCUUCACGCCAGUAGCGUAGAUCGUAUUAAACCAUUGAUUUCUCAGAUUAGUAACAGGUAUCAAUUACUUCAUGUGCUGAGUAAAGAAGUGAUCCAUCGAUGCCAAACCCUCGUCGACGAUCACCGAGCUUUCCAGGACAAGCUGGAGGCCGUUAACGCCUGGCUUGGUCCAUUGGAGCAAAAUUUGGCUGGUUUAAAAAAAGAGGAGGUCGGUGGUAACCUCGAAGCAAAGGGGUCUCGCCUACAGGUUCUUCUUGCAGAGCGGGAACAAGCUGAACAUCGUCUGACUGGAUUGACAGCCGCAGGUGAAAGAAUUCUUCCGGACACAUCGGCUCAAGGUCGAGAGGUUAUCAGACACGAACUUCGCCACGCACGUGAACGAUGGGACAAAUUGGCUGAGGGCAUUAAGGAACAACAGAAGAAACAAGAUGCACAUUCGCUCCAAUGGUCCAGUUACCAGGACACGCUUCAACAAACGCUGGCCUGGCUGGACAGUAUGGAAAGAACUUUGAAGCAGGACUCGGCGGCUGUCUGGUCGUCGCUACAAGAAAUCCGAUCCAAGCUGCUGAAGAACAAGACAAUCCAUCAAGAGAUCCUUGCCCACAAACGCAUCAUCGAAGCCAUAUCUGAAAAGGCAAAUGCUUUGGCUCAGAGUGCCCAAACACCAGCUGACAUUCAAGAGAAAGCAAAGUCGAUUUCUCAGAGGUACGAAAAACUCGGAGAAGCCUCUCAGAAGGGAAUUUCCAACCUCGAAGCGCUCUUAGAGAUAUUCCAACAAUUCCAUGAUCUUCAGAAGGCCUACCAAGAUUAUCAGAAGCAGCAAUGGGAGAGACUUGCUAAUUACACUGACUACACCGGAAAUAAGGCGGUCUUACAAGCUAGAUUAGCCAAAGUGAUUGAGAUACAGGAUAGUCAAGGCGAAGGUGAACUUAAACUCCGUGUCCUCAGUGAUCAUGUAGCCCAAAGCGCUGGCAGCCUUCCACCAAGGUCUCAGGAAUCCAUGGAAAGAGAUUUGACAAAUCUUAGAUUUGAAAACAAAAAGUUUACCACAGCUGUGAGCGAUGUUAUUCGCGGAAUCGAAGAACGAAUUCAACAGUGGAGCGAGUACGAAAACUCUUUGGACAGAUUAUUGGCUUGGCUCUCCGAAGCCGAAGCUUCUCUGAAGAAUUACACUCUGCGUAAUACAAUCGAAGAAAAGCAGGAACAACUAGAAAAAUAUCAGGAUCUGCAAAAAAUAACGGAGUCUCGAGGUUCAGAUGUGACGGAACUGGUAGCGCUGGGUGACCACCUCGAUCAAUCAUUGAUCGUGAAUUUGCGCCACAAUGAAGCCGAGUUUGACAAAAUGAGCGAUGACUCUUCGGAACUUAUACAAAUUAGUGGGGAAACAAGAUUCUCCGCAAGCGUUCAGCAGGUCACGUCUCGUUUCCAAUCCAUUCAAACAACUGCCAAGGAACUGAUAAAGAAGUGCGAACAAGCAGCAGCUGAUCACCAGGCCUACUUGGAGCACUACAAGCAUUGUUCAGAAUGGCUGGCAACCGCACAGUCGAAGUUCCAAACUUCUCGAGAUGGAAUUUCGGGAACUCGUCAGGAGUUAAUUUCACACAGUAAUGCAUUGAAGGAGCUUUUGGCGCAGCAGGCUUCAGCCAACCUUCUGGUAAACAGUACAGUUGAAGCUGGCGAGCGCCUUUAUCCUACCACUGGAAUGGAGGGCAGAGAAAUUAUCCGGCAGCAGCUUCUGGAGCUCCAACAAGCCAUGGAAACGCUCUACGAUGGCGUUGCGUCCACAGAUCGUGAAAUACAAACGAAACUCUCACGCUGGUCAGGCUUUGAUGAAUGCAGUGACGGAUUCAAAAAGUGGCUGGAGGAAGUCGAAGCACAGCUACCCUCAGAAAUCGAGCUGAAGACAACCUUGGAUGAAAAACGUGCGCAGCUUCAAGUCUAUCGCACUUUUCUGCACGAGACUCAGUCUCAUCAACAAGACCUGUUCAAUUUACGCGACAAAGCGGACAGCCUUCCAGAUCGCACAGACAAAAUUGACCAUGUCCUCGAUGAACUUUCCAAAAAACAUGCCUUCAUCCUAAAGCGUGCUCAAGGUUUCGUUGAAAGAUAUGAAGCAAUAGUGAGCGAUCAUCAGCAGUACAGUAAGGCUGUUCUCGACACCCACGAAUGGCUAGAUGCCACUCAUAACGCAGUGAAUCUUUGGGGAGAUGCGGAACUGGAACGUGUUUCUUUGCACACGAAUCUCGACCGCCUGCAGAACCUACUGCAAAGUCUUCCCGAGGAUGAGCCACGCGUUCAGCAGAUACGAGCGCUGGGCGAAAAGGUAAUACCUGGAACAUUGGAAUCGGGACAAGUGAAUAUCCGUUCGCAGAUCGACUCCUCUCAGCAGGAAUGGGAAGGGUUGGUAUCCGCUGUAAAGUCAACUAUCGAAGCGUUGGAAAACAAGCUUCAACAGUGGAACGAAUUUGAGUCAUCGAAGGAAGCAUGUUUUGCUUGGCUACGUGAAACCGACACCAAACUGCACGCGGUGGAUCUGAAGUCAACUCUGCAAGAAAAGAAAGAUCAGUCAGAGAAACUUCGCGCUCUUCAGGGUGAGGUCAGGGCUAAGGAACUUGAAAUAGACGCAGUCACAGAGCGAGCUCAACAGUUGCACAAGAACAUCACAUCACGGACCUCGCAAAUAUCUGAACUUGGAAUAAAGUAUCAGCAAAUAUCGAGCAAGGUUAAGGAUCUCAACAAUCGUUGGCAACAGUAUUUCACCAGUCAUCAAGAAUUUGACCAUCACUUGUCCGAGUGUAUGCAGUGGCUUGAAGACAUCAGAAACAAAUUGGCUUAUUGCUCCGACCUUAGCGCUUCGUCGCAGAAAGACUUGGAGAGUAAAAUGGAAAUUAUCCAAGACCUGCUCUUAUACAAGGAAGAUGGAUUCUCAAAGGUUCAAGGCAUCGUUGAAUUGGCCCAGACGGUACUCGCGAAUACCGCACCGCCUGGACAUCAGGCCAUAAACGACGCUCUGGCCAAGCUUCAAGAGCAAUGGAGUGCCUUAGCUUCGAAAAUGCUGGAAACCAAGACAAACCUGGACGAUUCCAUAAAUAAUUGGGCUGGUUUACUCGAACAAAUUCAAUCGAUUAAUAAAACCGUAGAGUACAUGCAGACUUCGGUUAACGAAAUAUCACAGUUUCAGUCUACAAUGUCUGAGAAGCGAUCCCAAUUAGAGCGAAUCAAGACCUUGGAGGAACGCGUCCGUUGCGAAAAUAUCGAAGUCGAUAGUCUCAAGGCCAAGGUCGCCGAGAUGAUAGCGAGCGGACAACAAAGCCUAGCUGCCUCACAAGCACAGGACAUUCUAAACAAGUUUGACUCCCUAUUUGAGAAAAUCAAAUCGCUUCUUUCCGAACGCGAGGAUCAAUACAAAGACCACCGUCUUUACAAAGAGGCACACGACGAUCUUAUCGGCUGGCUCAGCCGUGCACGCGAAAAAAUACCAUCGAUGAAGCAACGAUCGCUCAGUGAUAAACUUGCAAUUGAAAACGCUGUUGCUCCACUUGAAAGUCUAUUGAAUAAAAAGGCUCAGGGUGAAUUGCUGGUCGAACACCUUCAGCACACUGGUGAAGUGGUCUGCGCAAGUACCAGUGAUCAAGGACAGGAAGUAAUUCGAAACGACAUUCGUGCACUCACUGAGAGUUUUGAAGGGCUAUUCAAAGACAUCAAGCAACAGAAAGAUCAACUGGAAGCCACCGUUAGUCAGUGGCGAGAUUAUAAGGACGAAUACGAGAGACUCAGUGACUGGCUGCAACAAUUCGAUAUCUUAAUAAAGGCACAGAAGAACGCUCUCUUACCAAACGUGAAAGAGAAAGAAAAGCAGGUGAAGGAAGUCAAGGAAAUACUGGAAAACUUGCUCAAGGGACAAGAGCAAAUAGACAAAUUCAAUAAGACUGCAUCAGGGUUGUUAUCUUCACAUCUUGACACAUACGUGAACAACCAACUAAGGCAUUUAAACUCCAGAUACCAAGUACAAGUGAAUCUUGCCAAGGAUGUCGUUAAGAAGGUGGAAACGAACUUUGCUCAACACCAAGAGUACGAAACAAAUCUCGGCAAGGCUCACGCAUGGAUUGAGAAUGCUAAACAAAUUAUUCGCCAAGGUACCGAAGCUGCCUCUACAAGCAGCCGGGAUGAAUUACAAUCCAGACUGAACAAAAUACAAGAACUCCUCAGAAAACGGGAAGAUGGACAAAAUUUGGUACAUCUUACCGUAAAUUGUGGCGAAAAAGUGAUGCGUAACACGAGAUCUGACGGCCGUGAAGAGAUCAACUCACAAUUGAAGGAAAUCCAAAAUGAUUGGGAGAGAUUGGUGAAGAAGAUAUCGACGACUAAGGUCCACUUGGAGACCAGCCUUCUUCAGUGGGCCGAUUAUAGCUCUUCAUACUCGCAGUUACAGCAAUGGAUUAACGACCGUGAGGCAAAACUACAGCAAGUUUGCGAACAGAAGGUAUCGAAGGCCAGGAAAGGUCUGGCUGGUCUCAGUUCACUGGCUAUCGGUGAAAGGAAGGCCAAUCUGCGCCAGACGAACAGCAUCGUUCAAGAUAUCGUUGCAUUCGAGCCUAUGAUUCAAUCUGUAACGACAAAGGCUGAGGAUCUUCAGCAGGCAACGCCAGCUACAGAAAUAUCAAUCAAAUACGAAACGCUUAGUAAACAAGCCCAGGAAUUGUAUGCUAAACAGAAGGAAACCGUCGAACAGCAUCAAGCAUUCAUUGAUAGUGGUAAUGAGUUCAUUCAAUGGAUCCGUGUUGCGAAGGAACGGUUAGGAAAAUGUUCGGAACCUACUGGAGAUAAAGAGUCCCUUUCUAGCAAGAUCACGCAGCUGAAAGUGCUGGAGAGUGAACUUCCAGAAGGCCAACAGAAGCUCGAGAAAGCUCUACAACAAGGUAACGCUGCGUGUCAAGUGGCUGAUGCCGAAGAUAAAGAAAUUAUCGAGGAAGAAGUUGCUCUUCUCCAAGAAGAGUACGAUAAUUACGUCGAUUCCUUGAACAGCACCAAAUCUCUGCUUGAGAUUGGUAUAGUCAAGUGGACUGAAUAUGAAGAUCAGUUUUCUGAAGCCUCUGAUUGGUUAACGCAAACUGAACAGCUGGUGCGACCAUACAACAAGCUACAGGAUAGCCUUGAAGAAAAGAAAACUGUACUAGAAGAAUUUCAGGUUCAUUUGCAGACGUUGUUCGAUUGGCAGAAAGAAUUGGAUCGUCUUAAUAUGAAGGCACAGAUGCUUCUCGAAACUUGUGCUGAUACCAGAAUCUCAAAUGCUGUUACUCAGCUGACUACAAAAUACAAUGCGUUAUUGUCACUGGCAAAGGAAAUUAUGCGAAGAUUGGAAUUACAUUAUCAGGAGCAUCAGCAACACAAUACCCUCUACCAAGAAUGUGAAGAUUGGAUUGAACGAACACGCGAUAAGCUGGGAGAGUGUAAAGAGAUACCAAACACGUUAGCAGAAGUGAACAACAAGUUGCAUGCCUGCAAAACUAUUCGUCAGACUUUAGAACAAGGUCAGAACAAGCUUCGCUAUGUGCUUGAGUUGAAAGAAAAGGUCAUUAUGAACACGGAGCAGAACGGUGCGGCAAAGAUUCAGGAGGAUACUGAAAAUCUGAAAACUGAAUUCGACAAGCUACUGGCAGACGUCGAAGAAGCGAAGCAGAAACUCGCUACAAGAGCUGGUGUCUUAGAAGAGCUUAACAAAAUGCAUAGGUUGAUCGCUGACUGGAUUGAAGAGGUCGAACACAAAGUACAGCCCGAAGAAGGAUUCCGAAAUGACCUCAGUGAGAAGCGAGCUCUCCUCGAGAAGUAUAAAACGGUGCAACGUGACAUAAAUGGUCAUGCGGAGACAGUAGAUCGCCUUAAAGCUCGUCUGAUCGAAGAUUCAAGCAUCCCAAAAGACGCUUACGAAGCGACGAUUGCAAAGUACGAGGAGUUGAAGACCCUUGUGGUCGCUAGAAUCAGUGACUUAGAAGAACAAGUGAAGGAACAUGAUCGCCUACGCCAAGCUCAAAAUGAAGCCGUAGAAUGGGUUCGUCGCGCCAAGGUUGAACUGCAGCGGUACGGUGACACUCACGGCGAGAAGGCGAAGGUCAUUGAACGAGAGCAGAAGGUGAACCAGAUCAUAGCAUCCAUGCCAGAAGGUGAAUCUUUGAUCAAAAAGGCAGUGGAACUGAGCGAUUCUGUCAUUUUGACUACUGGCUCUGAAGGACAAGAUUCUAUUAAGCAAGACGUUAAGCAACUAAACGCUGACUGGGAAUCACUGAAAACUCAGUCACGUGACAGCCAAUGUACUUUGGCAAGCUGCAUCGUGACUUGGACCCAAUUCACAACUGCGUUUGAUAGCAUGAAGGAUUGGCUUGAUCAGUUCAGGAAGAAGGUCAGCAACGAGUCUGCCAAGGACAACAAAACCCCGGAAGACCUGGAACGAUGCAAACGUAUCGUUGAAGAGGCAGUUCGUCAGAAACCAGUACUCGAAGACCUAAACGAUAAAUGUGAAGCUCUUUUGGAAGUAAGCGCGUGUAGUUGGGCCAGGGAUAAAACAGUACAGCUUCAAUCAGCAUACACGACCCUGCUGACAGAAGCACAAAGUCUCGUAUCCAAAGUUGAGAAGAAUCUGUCCGACCAUACGGAGUUCCUCAAGGCUAAAAAGGAACUCGAAGAAUGGCUUCAUACUGCUCAUGGUUCUGUCCAAGACUGUAUUGGAGUUGGCGAUAUCGAGUGGGCUAAAGAUAAGCUGGAAACUACACGUGUCGUUGCAACACGAAUAACCGAGGGCCAACAUUUGCUAUCAACGUUGCAAGACGCGUUUGCAAAAGCGAUAAAUACCGCUCUUCCGGAACAACAAGAGCAGCUACGAACUGACAUGGCAGAUCUACGUUCAAGCUGGGAGCAGCUCAGCAUGGACCUCAACAGCAUUCAGGCGCAAGUGAAAUCGGUUCUAAGUCGGUGGGAGGACUAUGCAGAAUCUCGAGCACGGUUUGAGAGUUGGCUGAGCGAAGCUGAAGAAUCCGUCAAGGUGCUUCCCGAGACGAAAGGUGAGCUUGGAGAAAUGAAAAGACUUCUGGAGAGGACCAAGCAUGCCCAAGACGAAGUGAAGGGCAAACGAUCUGACCUUGACCACCUGCUGAACGAGGCUGACGAAUUAUCCAGCUGGGCCAAGAACAAUACCACCAAGGAACAGACUAAGCUGUUGCUGAAUCGGUGGGAGAAACUGGGUAGUCACGUUCAGGAGCGGAAACGACUCCUUGAGGAGGAGCUCCAAGAGUACAACGGUUAUCACGCAGCUCUUCAGGAGACUGAAAAAUGGUUACUGCAAAUCUCAUUCCAGCUUAUGGCUCAUAACUCAUUAUACAUCACCAACAAGGAUCAGACGAUUGAGCAGAUGAAACAGCACGAGAUUCUGCUCGAAGAGAUUCAAAAGUAUCAGUCUACACUCGAUGACCUCAGAGCGAAAGGAUCCGGUCAGAUAAAACGCUACGUUUCAGCCGCUCCGGGGAUCGAAUCAACCAUCGAAACGCAGCUCCAAAAUGUGCAGGAAAGCUACAAUGCUCUCCUGGGCACUGCACUUCAGAUAAAGAACCGAUUGGCCGAGUCUUUAGCGAAGUUCCAAGAGUAUGAAAACACCCUUGAAAGCAUAAUGAAGAACCUGGAUACUUACGAGCCGGAAAUUGCUCAAGAGUUGGAAGCGCCGAUUGACAAUCUGGAGGAUGCACAGCGCAGUUUGGAGAGUGCGAGAAUACUUCACAAUAAAUUGCAAUCAGAAAAGGCGCGCCUUGCUUUAGCUGUAGAAGCCUGCGAAGCCGCUGCUGCGUGCGUUUCUCGACCCGGAAGUCCGCUCGACGCACCACCUGUACAAAUUCCAGCUAGAGAAGUCGAAGUGCGAACUCGGCUCGAAGACCUCAUAGACCAGAAAAAUAACGAGGAUUCAGGAAGACUGAAAGCUCUGCUAGAUAUUAUUGAGCACAGCGGCUUCUUAGCGAAACUUAAUUACAUGUAUGACAAGAUGCAAACGCACUUGACUACAGUCACUGAGGCGGUUGGUUCUCUUGAGGAACGUGCCCAUCAGCGGAACGCCCUGAGCGUUUGGGUGAACCAGCAGCGGGCUCUUUGCGCCGAGUGGAAGUCAAGACCAGCAAAAUUGCGGCCAGAAGCUGCACACACCGAGCUUCAAGCGAUGAACGAAUUACUGGCUGGGGUUGGAGAGCGUCGAACUCGAGCCCUCACAGAACUUUCCUCGGCUCAGGGCGGUCAAACCGAUGACCUUGAAUCAGGCCUCAACAAGUUAGAGGGAGAAUUGAUCGAGGCGAUAGCCGGGAAGCAGGCAACCCAAGACCUGAUCGAGAGGUACAGAUCUCACGUUCAGGAUAUUCAGACUUGGUUCGAUAAUUUGUCGAAAAGAGCAGACGUUGUGGACAAGGGUAGUGGUCUGACAAUUGCUCAAAAGAUCUCCACCGUUCAAGAAAUCACCGCCGAAUUCGAAUCUCAGGGUCCAGGUAAGCUGGAUGAAGUCAAGAAGCUUGGUGACCUGGUUAUGGACUCGGUCAGCAAUCUUGACUCCCAGCAAAUUGAGGAGCAGAUAAAAUCCGUCGAAAGGAGGUACGGUGACAUCGGUAAGAAGCUUCAACGCAAGAGCCAGGUACUGGACAUGACCGCUCAAGGUAUUGAAGCCACGAGACGCGAGAUUGAAGAAAACAGAAAAUGGGUUGCUGAGAAAAAGCAAGUUGCCAGAACAUCUGAGCCCAUCGGUUACGAGAGCAGAAUGGCCGAUGAGAAGCUUCUAUCUCUCAAGGCACUGCUCAAGGAGGCUGAGGGAAAACAGGUCCUUAUUGGAACACUGGAAAAAAGGGUCAGCAACAUGCAAAAUGAGUUGGAAACCAGUGAGCAACAACAACUCGAGUCAGACUCGCGAGCACUGCGGGGUGAGCAGGUGGAGCUGUGCUCCAUUCUGAGGGAAGAAAUUUCGGGUACCACAGCGGCUGCGGAUGCUCGACGAAAGCUCGAGACGGACUUAGAGCGCGCUCGACUGUGGAUAAAAGCGAAGAGCAGCGACCUGAAGAAGCUCAGCGGCUAUUUACCGUUGAAGGCGAAAAAAGUGGAGCAAGAUAUCAGCCAGCAUCAUGGUUUUGAAUCCGACAUUGCAAACUUCAACGAGACUGAACUCAACGAUGUCCUUAAGCAAGGUAACGCGCUGCUCAAGGAUUGCACCGACGAGGAUCGCGGUCGGCUUCAAGCAGUAUUGAAUACCGUUAACGAAGAGUAUGACGCGCUGAAGAAAGAAGCUCAAGAAAAACAGGCGGCCCUUGCUGACCUUCUCCAAGGACGAAAGGCCUUCGAAAAUGACUUGGACAGGUGCCAACGAUGGAUCAACGAAGCUGAGGUCGCAACGUCCGUGGAACUCCGUACCACCAGCGUCGAUGUCCUUCGCGAACAACUGGCCAAGUACGAUCGACUAAAGAAAGAAGCGAACGAGUACGCUGACGAAAUUGAGAACAUAACGCAGCAAGGAAAAUCGAUCCUUCCGACAAUUAGCGACGCCGAUAAGCUAGAGCUUAGUGAGCAACUGAAGAACUUGAAAGACUCGCAUCGCAGAGUAGCUGGCAUAAUCAAUGAGAGAGCCUUGGCCCUCCAGGCGAGCAUAGCCGAAGCUGAAGAGGCAGCUGCGAGAGUCGCGGAAGCGGUGCAAUUCAUGACUGACAUACAACGAGAGCUCCAAGAACUGAACAAGCCGAUAGGGUCACGCGCCGAAGAUGUAGAAGGCAUGUUGGCGACUUACGAACGAAUCUUAGGAGACCUGAAGGCCAAUAAAGCAAAGCUGGCUGACCUGCAGUCUGGAAACGUCGGUGAUCUUCACGGCGUUGUGAGCCAGCAGGAUGACCUGAUCAGAGCGCUUGAGUCCCAGAUAGCGAAAUUACGCCAACUCCUUCUGCUCAGACAACAGUUCAUUGCUCUGGUAACAGAGAUUAUGACCUUCAUUACGAAGUACACUGGGGUAGUUAGAGAUAUUGAAAAGUCCGGCCAGACGACUGAGGAAAAAAUCAAACGCUAUGACGACGUGAUUUUAAAGAUCCAGGAGUGCGAAGCGACUCUAGCUAGCGCUACUGACAAGGGGCAGCAAAUCGCAGCCGAAGGAUCAGCGGCCGACCGAAACAAUGUGACCGAACAACUUCAGUCCCUCAAACAGCAACUCCAGUCACUGAGACGCGCCGUCGAGUCUCAACGCGAAGAACACGAGUUGGCCGCUGCCGAACACAGACGAUUGGCGAACGAAUUGGCAGAUAUUCUCGACUGGCUUCAAAGCAAGGAAAAGGACGUUAAAUCUCGUCCGCUUCUCGAACGCGACUCGGCGAACGUUGAUGCGGAACUGAAGAAGCACAAGGAACUCUGCGACAGUGUCAAUGAAAAUCUGGAGAGAAUACGCGUCCUGAAGGAAUCCGUCCGCCACGAUGAGGGCAUGCCUGGUUCGCUGAAGGAGAUGCUCAGCGAGGCUGCCUCUCUGAUGACAUCGCUUCCUCGGGAAAUGGACGAUCGUGGUACCUACCUUGAAACUAACAGACUGAUGCGUCUUGACUACGCGGCUUUGACAGAUAAACUGCACGCUUGGGUCAGGGAAGCUGAUAUCCGAUUACAGAGCGAUAAGGACGGCCUUGACUUUGAAAAUAUACUGGCCGACUUGGAGGAGCACAAGAUCUACUUCAGCACGGAAUCAUCGAUACGGGAGUUGGUUUCACAGCAGAUACAGCAGGCAGCGGACAAAAUCUGGCCGUCGUUGAACAGUUCGGAACAGGAAGAGCUGAGUAGGGAACAACAGCAGCACACUCAGCUGCUUAAGAAUACCUUGAAUACUGCGAAAUCGCAACGCGCUCGUCUUGAACAAGGUGCUGAGACUUGGCGUGAUUAUUCGCAGACUUUAGAACGCGUUCGAGCUGUAAUUGCCAGGACCAGAUUCUCCGAUGAUCCCGUCAGCACUCUGGCCGGUCUGCAAUUCAAUAUUCAGAAAAUUACUCACGCCCUCAACGACAUUCAGAAUCAACAGUUCGAGCUAGAUCUCUUGAACGAACGUGGAAGGGAGGUUCUAGACCAGGCCGACUCUGCAAACAAAUCUAUUAUUGAGACUCAAUUGUCAGCUACGACUCUUGAAUGGCGUGAUCUGGUUUCCGGACUCGAAGGUCGCCGCAACACUCUUGAGGCUCUUUCUCGGCACUGGGAGGAACUCGAGGCGCAAUGGUCCCAGGUCGAAGCACGACUCAACGCCAACGACGAACGAAAUAAACUUAUCGAUAACAUCGUCCGAUCGAAACAGCAUCUCAUAGACACAACCAAGUCUUUGGAUGAGCUUCUGGCCGAGGGUGAACGACUGAAACCGGCAACCGACGAGGUGCGAAAGCUCGCUGGUCCCGUCCUUGCCUAUCUCGCUGCCUUUACCGAAGAGCCGGCACGCAUCCUUGAAGAACGUCUGAAGAAACUUUCACAGUCGGUGCAGUCGCUUGUCGAUUCACUACGCAAUAAGUCCAAGAAGGCAAGUGAGGACUUGGAAACACUCGAAACGAUCGAACACGAGGUACAGGAGUUGAAGAAGCGAUUGGAAGAGGUCCAUCACCAGACGACCUCUUUAUACGUUUUCGGGGCGAACCAGGACGCGACUGAGACCGAACUCGGGGCGCUCCGUUCGUACCUCGAAGGGCUUGUCGAGACGGGCAAGAAGCUUUCGGGAGACACUAAGGCGCGGUACCAAGCUAGCCAGCAGUUGGUUCCAACCGAUAUCGGCCAGCAGCUGACUGCUCUCGAACUAGCGGCCGAGAGCGCAGCUUCAGCGAUGGAGGAGAAGCAACGCGAACAAAAGCGAGCAAGAACUACGCGCUCUGACUACAUCGCCGACGUCGAUGAAGUCCAGACGUGGAUUCGUGCCGCUGAACUCAAGGUGCAGGAUCGUUCCAUGGAGCCUUUGAAGCUCAAGGAACACCUUCAGCAGAUACAAAACGAGAUUGGACUGAUUACCGAUAAACUGGAAAGGCUGACUAGAAACGGACAGGUGAUAAUUGACAAUACGAAGGAUGGAAACGAGAGGGAACUCAUAAAAAGCACAGUCAGCAACUUGACCGAGCAGCUAGCUCAGGUACGAUCAUGGCUCGAGGAGAAGAAGCAACAAGUUGGCGACACGUUGGACGCGUGGCAGAGAUUCCUUACACUUCACGAAGCGGUCAUGGCAUGGAUUAAGGAGAAACGGGUCUUCCUUGUUGAGCCUCUGCAGCUUAGUACUUUGAUACAAGCCAGACAGAGACUCCACGAUUAUUCCACCGCGGUAAAGAGCUGCAAGCAAGUAAACAAGAAUUUGAGUGAAAUGAGCAAGGAGUUGGAAGGUAUAGGUCAGGUGACGAACGUCGGAAAUCUUCCAGAGAAACUGACCGAAGCCGAAGACGCCAAGGUUGAGGUCGAGGGUCAACUACUCGAAAGGAAUUCUCUGCUCCAAGAGACGAGCGAAGAAUGGGAACAGUGUGAGAAGAAGAUGAAAGACGUUAGGAGUUGGCUAGACAAAGCUAGACAAACUUUAGAGUCGCCUCAAAGCAAGAAAAAACCGCUAAGGGAUCAGCACGCGACGAGGGAGAAGAUGCUCAGCGACAUUACCAUCCAGAAAACGAAGAUAUCCAUCUCGGUGGAAAAACUGCAGGUUCAUUUCAGGUCCGGAGUCGGUGGUGACACACGGAUUAGCGAAGCUGCCAACGAACUGAUCAAGGAGUUGGAUGUCCUUCACGAAUCUGUCAAGGAUCAAACCGCUUCUUUGGAGACCUGCCUCGCCCAGAUUGACCAGUACCAACAGGAGAUUCAGCAGCUUCGUCAACAGAUUGUCCAGGUUGAACAGCAGCUUCGAACAGUGCUCAGUCCGACGUAUCUACCCAACGAUCGGGAAAGAGCGCUACAAGAGCAACAGGCCUUGCAGACACAGAUGGACGGUUGGAGGCAACGCUCGAGAAUUCUGGUGGAUCAGAUUCAUGCAGUGGACCCUUACUAUAUUUUCGGGGGUGAUGCGAAUCCCCGCCAACCCGGGCUCAUUUCUUACGCAGAUAUCGCUGCGGGCCGCAUGAGUCCAAAUUCUAGAGGCGGUAGUCCUCAGAGGGCCCAACGCGAUGAGCCUCCUCCUCAGGUGCUAGUGCACGUUCUGCAUCCGACGCCGGCUAGGCAAACCGUUGUAGAAACCGUUAGUAUCUCGGAGCCACAAGUGCCCGUUCAGCCCGUUCAGUAUCAACAGCAACCCGAACCAGCUGCGGUCGAACAAGUAUCGACACAGCAGGUAACAGCCGUCGAGUAUAAACGAGAGAAACAAAGCCGAACGAUAUCGGCGAGUAAAGUUAGCGCCACCGAAAGGUCGACCGGAAAUUCGUCGAUGCAAAGAAACGUCGAACGUCCAUCGAGACGCGGGCGUUCUCCGACUCGGAAGGAAGCGUUCAAACGAAAGGAGAAGGACUCCAGAGAGCCCCAAGCGGCGAAGGAGGUCAAGGAAGUACCUUCGAUACAUGUAGAGACACAGCACUACGUUCAUAAUGUCCGCGAGGUGUCCGAGGAGCCUCAAACGCGUCAGUCUAACACUCUUGCGCCGCGUGAAAUCAGGGGACGUUCUCCAAGUCCGAUAUGGAUUCCGGGUUCAACGUCUUACGCGGACAUUCUCAGAGGAAGAAUGCAGGCCGAACUUCGCGCGUCUUCCGAAGCAGCGUCUGACUCUCGAGACAUGGUGCAACUUUCGAAGGAAACUCGUCAUCAUGCGCCUCGAGAAGAUCUUGUCAAUCUAAGUCAGAGCGCGGAAAUGGUAGUCAGCCACGUUGAAGAGUCUGUGGCUCAACCCACUCACACAAUGGAAGAAGGCAAGCUACCAAUCGAAGCUCAUAAUAUUCCCGCUGGCCCUCAAGCUCCCAACGUUGUUACAGACUCGUAUCAAAACAUAGGUCAGUUGGACGGUUCAAAAAAUGUUGAGGAAAUAAGCAGAGAACAGAUAACCCGUUACACCAAAGAGACGACAAAUUGGGCCGACGAACCGGUGGAAGGUUACAACGUAAUCGAAAAUAAGCACUACGAAACUAUCAAUAGACCUCCCGCAGAGAUUUACGACUACAUUCAUCCUAUGCCGGAACUCGUCGGUUACAUAAACUCACAACUUGGUGCCUAUCCGGUAACUUCUUACGUCUACGCACCGGACUCGCAGCAGGUCCAACAGUUGGACGCGAUUCCAUUGAAUCCUUACGAAAGUCACAUGGUCGGUUACACAAGCGAGCAUUACGUUACGCAGGGAUCUUACUUGCCGACGACUGCAGAAUUGUAUCAUCAACAUCAGCAAACAAUUGUACAGCAAACACCUUCUAGUAAUGUAAUUGAGAUGGAGCAACAACAUGUGCCGGAUGAUUUCUCUUUCAAUCAAAAUAUCCCUCAAAAUAAUGUGCCAGUAUUAACUGAACCAGCCGAACAAAUAAGCGAGCACGUCGACCACAUCGAGCACAAAGAACAAGCUGUUACGCAAACUAGUUCAGUUAUUUCUACCAGUGAAAUGACUUUACGACACGAACAGAGAGAAGGUUCUUUACCUGCUGCUGAUUCUCGUGGACAAUCCUUCUCUUAUGCACAAAUAUUAUCGCAAGGACUUAGUCCGAAAGCCACGACGCCUCCUAGGGAAAAAAGUGGUAGUGAGCAACAGCCACGCAGAUCCUUAUCGCCAAAAGAAUCUUCCCCUCCACAAUAUGCUAAACCUCAGCAGACGGGCAAUUUGGAAAAGACCCAGUUCUCGCAAGUGAAGAAAGAUAAUGAGUGGGACGUUAUGAAGAAGAAAGAGAUAAAGAAAAAACAGUAUCAGGAAGACAGACCCCAACGUGAGGAUGAUAGAAAGGGAUGGAAAUCCAAUCGGCGAACUGAGAGAAAUACUCCUCCGAGACAAUCGAGCGGAAGUACAACUACUGUAACGGUGAUGAAAGAACUAACCGAGCUGAAGAAAAACGUUGAUAAUAUUCAAAGGCAGAGCCCAAGUGCCGUCGUUGAGCAGAGUGCCAACGAUGCGCAGCAAGCAAAGAAACGCAAACCAAAAAAGAAGAAGAUAGAGAAGUCUCAAGACGAUGAGAUUGAAAAGGCGCUCAAAGAAAUCGAAGAUAUGAAUAAACAUAAGCCGAAAACAGGGAAGGAGAAAUCCAAGGGUUCAAAUAAACCGAAAGAGAACAUUAUCCUCACUGAAGAGGUCAAGAUUGAUAACGACUCUGCAACGCAGAAUAUUCAUAGACCAACAAAUGAAGAAAAAGUCAAAGAGGCAAAGAAGCCUGUGAACGGUACAGAAUCAAAGGAGAAAUCCAAGCCUAGAAAUGAACCAAAGCCUAAAGAACAAACUAAGGUAAAGCAAGAAACUCAGCUGCCGGAAAAAUCCGAGGCACAGGUUAUUUCAGAAAAUAGAGAUAAGAAAGGUGGUAAAUCCAAAUCUAAUAAGGAUGCUAAGAAAAAUAAGGACAAUGUCGCACCAACGGAUAAAGUCAAUACUGCUAAGGAAAUCAUUACGCAAGAUGUAGUCAUUGCUAAGAAAGAGCAGCCCGAAGAAGACAAAAUUGCAGGGGAUGAUACCAAGGUAAUAGACAAAAAGAAAAAUAAAAACGAAACGAAUGUUCAGGGAAAAGUUGCCACGAAAGAUGAGAGCAAACUAGAUAAACAAAUUUCCAAUAAGGAAACGAUCAAGCAUAAAGAAUCGGCGUCAUUGUCUCUCUCAUCUGUCACUGAUGACGUUUUGAAAAAUCAAGCUCAUUCGAAGGAGAAAACGAAAUCUGAGAAACACAUUAAUUUGCCAAAAGAAGCUAAAUCUGCGGAACAAGUAUCAACGACUGUAAAAACUUCUACUACAAAACAGGCUACUAAGAAAGAGGAGUCCAAAUCGAAAGAUCAGGCAUCUUCCAAGUCCAAAAAUAAGCCAGAAAAACAAGAUACUCCCAAAAAGGAGAUCAAACCAAAAGAACAGCUUGUAUGUUGUCAAGUUGAAGUCGACGCGAAGGGAACAACUCCCAGCAAAGGCCAGGAAAAAACUAAGGAACAAAUAUCAACUAAGACGAAAUCAAAGUCCGAAAAGCAAACUGUUUCCCCGCAAAAAGCUCAGUCAGAUGCGGAAAAAGUUCUCUCAGUUGAGACUGCUAUCAAACAGGAUGUUUCGAUGAAGGGUGAAGCAAAAUCUGAGCAGCCAAAAACUACUCCUUCUAUCGAGCCCAAGCCCGAGGAAGUGAAGAAACUUGAAACUCAAGUGACUUCCAAGGAGACAGUCCAAUCUAAGAGUAAGAAAUCUCAGAAACAAGCUCAGUCAAAGAAAACUGCUAAAGUUGAAGCCCAAUCUAAGGUAGACACACCUGCGAGUGAACCAAUCGUACCAAAAGAAAAAAGCAAAUCUCCUACGAUUGAAGGGACACAAAAAUCAACAGAUGUAACGAAAGAGGAGAAACAGGUGUCGAAUAAAAGCAAAUCUAAGGCUGAAGCAAAAUCUAAGAAGGAAGUACAGCCCAAGGAACAAAUCAUUCAAAAGAAGCCGGAAGGACCUGGAAAAGAAAUGAUAUCUCAGAAACAGGGUAAACAAGAGGAAGUUUCUACUUCAGCAGAAACAUUCACGACAACGAUUCAUACCCAAGAAACUCUGAAGACCACAUUUAUUUCCAAGGAACAAACAGUUUUAGCAGGUAAAAACGAUCUAGAGGUAAUGACUGCUGCAAAUCAGGUUAAGAUGGAGCAGCAGCCAACAGAUAAAACUGUUUUCAAAGGAGAAAUUGUGCCAAUCAAUGAAACUGAAGGCAAGGCAAAAACCGUCAGUACUUCUCAGCCCCUUUUAGAAGAACAUCAAACUCCUGGCGAAACUGGUGUUCAAAUUGACACAAAAACUAAGAUCAAAGUUACUCGACAAUCUAGUCACAAGGAAAAUAAGCCGAAGACGGACGGCAAACCAAAGGAAUCAGUUCCGAUAACUACAGUAAGUCUCACCCAAGAGAUCACUUCAACAGAAAAAAUUGAGUCAGAAAAAGGAAAAGUUGUUCAAGAAGAUAAGCCUAAGGAACAAACUCUCAUCGAAACUAAAUCUAUCCAAAAAGACCAAAGUGUCAUUAAGGAUACUGACAUCUCUCCUGUGGGAAUCAUCGGCACAUCUGAGUCUAAAAUAGAAGUAAUGAAAACCUUGACACCUUCACUGGCUGUUGAGACAAAAGUUGAACCACUCAAGCAAAUACCUUCGAAACCAGAGGAUCCUGCUGAGCUCUCGUCAGAUGCUGGCAAGAAAACCAAGCUCAUGGAACAACUUACCCCAAUUGCUGGCAAGAACAAAACUGUCUCUCAAAUAAGUUCCCAAGAAACAAUCACUGUUGUAGACACGAUAUCCACUAAAACAGAAAAAGUUCGUUCAGAUCAAAACGACUCGAAAGACGAUUCGAAGCCCAUAAGUCCUAUUGUGUUGAAGGACGAGCCUAAGUUUGAAGACAAAAGUAUCCUCGAUAAGAAAACCAAGCCUAUAGAAAAAGCUGACUCUAAAGAAAAUGAUACGCCAAAGACAGCAACUAAUUUGAAGUCAAAGCAGGAGAUCAAAGAUCAAACUCCCACCAAAACCAAAGGCAAGACCACAAAGCAAAUUUGUCCUGAGCAACCAACAAGGUCUAAAGAACAAUCUAUUUCCAAAGUCGAAGUCAUUCCGAAAGAAGAGAUUAUUACAAAGAACGUGGUCGAAACGACGGUAAAAACUGUUACCAGUGUUCAACUUGAGCCAAAACAGGAUAAGAUUGUUGCUGAAAAAGACGUACCUGAAAAGGUAAAAGUUACUGCUGAAAAAGACAAAAUUGCUCCUAUAAUGGAAGCCGUUGUUUCGGGGAAGGGAAAAGUUACUUCUGAAAAGGAACAAGUUCUUCCUACAAAGGAAGAAGCUGCUCCUCAAAAGGAAAAGAUUAUUCCUAAAAAGGAACAGGUUAAUCCUGACAAAGAAACAACUGCUCCACGAAAAGAGAAAGUUGUUCCUGAAAAGAAACAGGCUGCUCCUCAACAGGAAAAUGUUACACCUGAAAAGAAACAUGCUGUUCCUGAAAAGGAAAAGCUUGCUCCUAAAAAGGAAACAAUUGCUCUUCAACAGGAAAAAGUUGUUUCUGAAAAGAAACAGGUUAUUUCAGAAAAGGAAACGGUUGCUCCUAAAAAAGAAACAGUUAUUCCUCAAAAAGAAAAGCUUAUUCCUGAUAAGAAACAGAUUAUACCAGAAAAGGAAAAGAUUGCUCCUAAAACGGAAAAAGUUCCUCCUAAAAAGGAGCAGUCUGAGCAACGAACUCCAUUUGAAACAAAAGGCAAAGCUGUGGAGCAUGUAGCUGAUGCAAAGAGUAAAACUGAUUCAAAUGAUGGUGCAAAACCAAAAGAUGAAAAACCUGUUAAGGACCAAGUUAAUCCUGAAGGUGAAAUCGUCCCAACAAAGGGAGAUCAACACCAGACCCAAGAAGUGACGGACGUUCAAAUCACGACCGCAUCGAAAACAGUCAUAGCUAAACAAACAGUGGAAUCUUCGGUAGGAAUUUCUUCUGGUUUCAUACGUGAAGAAGUAAUUACUUCCGAAAAAGAAAAAUCUGACGCACCGCCAUCUCCCAUCGUUGAAUCUUCACCAGAGGAACGUACCUCAUCAAAGGGCAAACCGAAGUCGAAUAAGCAAAAGGCUCCCAAAGACAAAGACGUAAAAUCUACUUUGAAGAACGAACCUUCCAUAGGAAAGUUUGCGCAAAAAGUUGAAAUUGUACCAGAAAAACCAAUUACUUCAACAACCCCUGUAAUUGAAGCUCCAAAAACUGACUCGCCCAUCAAAUCCGAAACUCAACUUGAAGUUUCUACCGAGGUUAAAAUCGAACCCACAAAGGAGAUAUUUUCUAAGAAUGAACAAAUCUCUGAGAAACAAAUCGUCGUCACAGAAGAUGAAAAGAUCUUGGAAAAAUCCACCUCGAAGGUCACGGUUGAAAUUAAAAAAGCAGGUGUCGCGGAAAUUGAGGAAAGGCUUGCUGAACCACAGUCGUCCAAAGUUAAAUCUGCCCCUGUAGAGCAGGCUACUCCUAAAGAGACUAAAAUCGAAGAACAAACGUCGACAAAGAGCAAAUCUAAAUCUAACAAACAAAAUAAAUCUGUAACGGAAGUGAAAGGUGAGGAACAAGUAAUCGUCACUGCUGAGAAAACUUCCGACGCAACAACUAAAAUUGAAAAUAAGCCGCAAUCUCCCGAGAUUUGCGAAACACCCAAGCAACUUGUUAACAAGGUUUCAUUUGAACAAACUAUUAGUGCUGUUGAUAAAUCUGAGAAAAAAAUUGAUGUCAAAGUUGAAGUUUUAUCCAACAUAGAUGCUGAACCUAAGAAACAACACAGCUCUCCCGCGACUGUACUUGCUGACAAGAACAAAAGAAAACAUAGCGAACAAACGGGCGAGUCUAAGAAAGAGACGACUAAAAUUGAAGAAACUAAACCUGCCACACAAGUUGUUUCUACAGUUGUUGAGACUACAAGCGCAACAACCAACAAGCCAGUUGAUUGUAAGGACAAAUCUGUAUCUGUGGAAAAAGUGACGGUUGUAUCGGAAUCCCACAGUACAUCUGUGUCCACCUCUGUAAAAGAGGAUGUGCAGUUUGAAACUAAACGGGCCGAAAUUACGACAUCGAUAAAACCGAGCGGACAUCAGGAUAAGCCUGAACAGGAGAACAUACCAGAGAAAUCGGGUGCUGGUACUGAAAUACAGACAAAGCUGAACGAGAAACCUGGAAAUAGCCAAAAAUCAGAGGUUAAAAAAUCAUCAGAAGUAGAAAAUCCGAGUACUAAGUCCACAAGUAAGCUAGAUGAGAAAGCUAAAUCCAAAGAACAAUGGAAAUCUAAGACAGAAAAAUUGUCUGAACCUACGGAGGAGGCUAAAAUAACAGAGCCAGUUCGGCCUGUGAGCGAUGCUGCGUUAAAACCAAAAGAUGAAGCCGAUUCUGAGGGUGUCCUUUCUCAUUUGAAGACCGAUACAAUGCUAGUAAUUGACGAAGGUCCUAGAGAGAAAAUCCAGACUGGAAAAGCUCUCAUCAUUGAGAAAACAGUUACCACCGUAACAACCACAACUGCUGGAUCAGAGGAAAUAAAACCUCCCGCUAUUAAGUCUGUCAAGUCCGUUGAAAUUUUAGAAAACGUUCCACUUCCGGUUACAGUAGGUACAAAAGAAACGGAAUUAAUAUCUUUGCGACCGGAAAAUGUUGAGGCUACGUUAACGACAACUUAUGCUAGGGUCGGAGACGUCGAUUCCGCGCCAAUAGAUCAAGUAGCUCAGUCGAUAGGUGAAACUGUUACGGAUUCGCAGUCGGAUGUCCAAAGUCUUUCCGCGUAUUCUGCUAUCGUUUCGUUGCAGGAAGAGGCUCCUUUGUUUGGUAGCGUUAAGGACAGGAGUAGAAGUUAUCUCUUAGCUUCAGAUGAAGUUUCCCAGGUUCCAAGUGCUGUAGGUGAAUCUAACAAAAUCAUUACCGACAAGAAAGAAAUUUCGCAGCAUUCGGAUGUAGUUUUAACCGAGGAAGAUCAAUUGUUCAUGAAGAGUAUUGAGAACAAUUUAAAAAAGAAGACUAAGAAGCGCCCCACCCUACCUGAAGAGUUUAUUCAAAAAGAAUCGCAACAAAUUGUAAAAGAAAGCUUCGAUUCUACCAGCGUUAGCAACACCAAAGUAGUUAAGGCAAUUGAUUCUGAACAGACCGUGAUAUUUGAUGAAACUACCAAACCUGUUGUCAAGGUAAGUGACGCAAAUAAGCCCCAGGAGAAGCUCACAUUGCAACCAAUGGCAUCUAAUAAACCUGAAAAAAUUAAACAUGAGGAGAACAGUGAAAUGAAACUUCAAGAAGUAUUACCUGAGGAAGAACCAAUCGACAUUAGCAGUCCUACUGAAAAUCUCAAGAAUUCAGCAGAAAUUAUUAAACCAUACUGGAUAGACUAUCACCACUAUGCGGAUGCAGAGAGACAAUUCCAUCAGCACUACACUGUCGUCAAAACGAUAGAAAAACAAGUCUUACCAGCUGCUCCUGAAAAACUUAGUCCAUCAGAUAUUGAAAAAAUAAUCCAAGAAUCGAAGAUGCGUGAUCCAAAGAAUGCCUCCCUUCCGGCCCAACAGGAGUCAGAGGAAGAGCUAAGGCUGCUUGCACUUUCCAAUGAAGCUCCCAAAUAUUUGGAAACGAACUUUUACGAUAUUGAGUCUAGAUGGGUCGAGAAUAAAACGCGGCGAGAACUGAUAAGUGCAACAAGUGCAGAAGAAGCAGAGAUCAAACCUUCUACGGACACUCAGGCCGAUUUGCAAUCGAAGUACGAUGUUUCUGAGGUGAAUAAACCAGCUCCGAAAGAGUAUUCUAAAACUACUCAACAUGAAAUAGAUGAGCAAACAACAUCGAAAACAAUCAUUGACUUGCCAGUUCCAAAGCAGAAAGCAAAAUCCGAUAACGACAAACCCACAAACGUGUUGCAAGAUACAAAAGUAACAAAGUCUGAACGUUCCACGGUACAUGAGUCUCAAGUAGCUACCGUACAUAUUGUAAAAACGACUAAGGAAGAACAUGCCAGUGAAGGUGAGCUACUUAUCUCUACAAGCAGCAAGCAAGUUGAUGUUAAAGGAAAAGUGGAAGAGAAAGAAGCUUCGAAGAAGACCAAUCCAACGGCUAAGCCUAUAGAAAAGCCAAUUGAAGAAAAUGCUCAAAAACCAGUAGAGCAAAUAGAUGCGAGAGACCAGAAAAAUAAAAUUGUUUCUACGGCAGAAAAGAUGCCUGAUUCCAAAAUCAAAGUCCAAACUGAUGCUAAGCAGGAUACUGCCAUCAUUAAGAAAGAUUCUGAACCAAGUAAGGAAGAAGAGAAACAUGUGAAAUCAGUCAAAAUUGAAGAGACCAUUAAAAUGGAACAAAUUUCAGCGGACAAAAAAUCACAGGAUGAAAUUAAACCAAUAGAAGUAAAUAAACAUAAAACUGCAGUCAGUGAAAAGAAACCAGAAACGGAGCAGUUGACGGUGAUACAGAAAACUGAAGCCAGUGAAAAGAAACCAGAAACGAAGCAAUCGACGGUGGUACAGAAAACUGAAGCUGUAUGUAAGAUUGGUGGAAAGGAAAUCGAACCUCAAGAAAUACAAGGAAAAGUUCAGCCAGAAGACCCCCAUCCACAAAGUAAUAUACGAAUUGUCACAAAAGAUCAACCAAAAUCUAACAAAAUUAGUAAGCAGCCCAAAGAUGGUAAAAUGACCGAUAAAAAAGAACCUACGAAAGAAGCAAUGGAAAAUGAGUUACCAACUCAAUCUACGUUUAUUCCAACACCACAGGCCGUUAAUGUUGAACAGGGUCCAGUUCCUAAAGACCAGGAAUCUAACGAGGCGCCCAAGAAGAAAAUUCAAAGUCACGAAGCACUUAAAGUAAAGGAUACGAUUCAAGAUAUUGAAGUGGUCGCAACGGAUACAAAGACAAAAGUGGAAGUCGAGGUUAACACCGAAGAAAAGCUAAGUGUAGAUCAGAAGAGUAAGAAAUCUCAAGAUAAGAAACAACCUGCUUCGAAGUCCGAGGUCAAACCGAAGAAACCACCGGCUACCAAGGACAUUCCGAUACCUACUACAAUAACUGUGACGAAAGAGGAAGUUAUUAUUAAAUCAGAAACUGCUGUUAGUACACCUAUUGUGACCGAGGAAAAACUUGGAAGUCAGCCGACAUUUGAGCACGAAAAUUCGCGACAAGAUCUGUCACUCACUGUGUGCUUGAAACAGCCGACAGAAGAGACAAAAAAGAAGGCUGUUGAUAUGCAGAAGCCAGAGGAGAAGGCAAAAGAACCAUCCAAACCUGCAGAUAAAAUUACACCGAAGCCGAAUAUCGAAACGGCAACAGUCGUCAAGGAUAAAAAGGAGCACGCCAUAGAGAUCAAAGAAAAAACUCAGGAAAAAACUAAUACAUCGAAAAAACCAGAAGCUGUCAAAUCAGAAGAUGAGUCCAAAAAGUCUCCGGACUUAACAGUUAAAGUUGAACCGAAAACGAGUACUAAAAAAGCAACUGUCGUUAGCGAGGAAAAGCUAAAGAAUGAAUCAGUGUCUGCAGUUCAAUAUAAACAAAAGGAGGAAGUCCCAACGAUUUUCGGACAGAAGGAAGAGAAGAAACCAGAUGUCCCUGCUAAGCCAAAGCCCGAUGAACCAAGUCAAGUUAAAUCCGAAGAAAGAAGUAAAUCUAUUCACCUUGUCUCUGAUGACUCAUGGAUGGACCUCCUGGACGAAGAUGUGGUAAUCGAAGACGAUGGCUUUGAGGAGUGGGAGGAAUCCAAGGUCAAGGUCGAUCAGAAAAUUAAAUCUGAAGAAAAGAUCGCUGUACAGCCGAAGACCAGUGAAAAACAAGCACAAAGUGCAGAAAUUAAAAUCAAGCGGACAACUGUGGACGAGAAGGUUACUGAUAAAUCCAAACCAAAAGAAGCUGUUGAGUCGAAAGCUCCAGUUGGAAAAGACGAAAGUGAAACGAAAGAAGUAAUCCAGAGUGAAGUGGAGGUUCAAACUAUCGUUCCGAUCAAACCAGUCGAAGAACCUAAAUCCGUUCAUUUGGUGUCUCGUGAUUCGUGGAUGGACACGAUUAUACUGGACGAGGAAAUGACUGUUUGCGACGAUGGUUUUGACGAGACUGAAGUUUCAGAACCCCAGGAAAAAUCGAAACAUACUAUCAAACCGUCACCCAAGAAACAAACGAAAGUCGAGGAGCACAAAAAGUCAGAAGCUGUUGUAGUAGAAAAAUCAGUCAAGCAAAGUGAGCAAAUCAAGCAAGAAAUUUCAGUGAACGUUAAGGAACCGAAAACUCACGACAUGGUUACAGAGCAAGAAAAAUCAACGAAACCGACAAAAAAACAGGCAGCUCAUAUUGAUUCCGAGCCAGAAGUGAAUACCACGGAAAUUACGAAAGGGAAGAAAGAAGGAAAGUCUAAAGUUGCCACAUCGGUUUCCGAAGACGUGAACGUUGUCUCUAAGAAAUCCAUUACUCAAGAAAAUGUACUAAAGUCUGUUCUCAAAACAGAAGAAACAGUCUCGCCUGAUUCAAAGGAAGAACCCGCCAAGUUCGACAAUCGACUAAAUCCAAAUGCCAAAUCAUGGGCAUCCGUCGUUGGAAAGAAGAGCGUGACUGACAGCCCUAAAUCUGACCCAAAUACCUUGCAAAAAGUAGAAACUACCGAACAGUCGCUGGGCAGGUCUGAAGCAACGCCGAAGGUUGCAGCUGUCGAAAUUAUAUCAGCUGUACAGCCUGAAAUAUCUGACUUGCCGAAAAUAACAACUCAAGAAGAUAUAUCAAAGACUGCAACAGUUGAGCAACAGAAAGAAAAGACUCAAGAACCAGCAGCGCCAGUUAUAUCAGCGAAGAAAAAUAAGAAGAAGGGCAAACAUGUCGAAGUCAAACAGGCCGAGGUUCUUGAAAAAGAUGAGCCUGUAAUAUCCAUCGAUUCACUUACGACUAGUGCUCCGGUUAUCGAAUUCACCAUUUCCGAGACUGAUAUCACAAAAGAUGCUAAUGGUAAAUCGUGGGCUUCUAUCGUGGCAAGCUCGACAAAAGUCUCUUCCCAAACUCAUUCCGAGGAAUCAGCUACUCUGACAUCUCAAGCAAUCGCUACAGUUUCGGAUAAUGACGUUGAUAUCAAGACCGCGAUAUCUACCAAAGAUACUGACCAAUCACUUCUGGAAAAACCAACAGAAACUAGGACACAAAUAAAUAAAUCACCGACGCACGCACGCCCGCGCAAAGAUAAACCUCAUGGUAGAGAUAAACUAAGCGUGGAAGUUGUGGAGGCUCCGACGGUACGUGACACUGAAGCCUUGGGAGAAAAUAAAGAACCCGAUAUUUUGGCCUUGGUGAUGUCGCACGAAGAAAACAAACCGGCAGAAGUUGAUACGAGAUCGCAUACGGAGCCGCAAUCUUCACUUUGGGCUGACGAAAUUGAAGAUUUCAGUCUCUCAUCUGCACCAGAAGAAGUUUCCUCUUCGGAUAACACCGUGAAAGUUGAUUCGAAAUCGUGGGCCGCCAUCGUUGGGACUAAAACUACUGAAACAUCCACGUCGAUUGAGUCGGCUGUGAUUACACGCGAACGCAGUCCAGUUCACAAGUCUGUACCACCUGUUUCACAUGUACAAAUUCUUGUGGAAGAAGUUCCGGAAGUUGAACCCAUUGAAAAUAUUGUUAAAGUUGACGAUCAGGGAUUCAUGGAAUUUUUGAACAAGAAAGAAUUGCGUUCCAGAAGGUCUAGAUCACGUUCUAGGAGUGCUAGGCGAGAACGGAAUGUUCCAUUGCAAGCCCAUGAAAUGACUGACCAAGAAUUUGGUAAACAAGGUAAUGCUGAUGCAAGAUCUCAAGAUAGAAGUGAUACGAAGGUCGAGGUUAAACAAGAAAGUCUAGCCAAAACGGUUGACAGAAGUCAUCCAGAUACAGGUGCUAAGGUAAAAGAUAUUUUGACACAAGAACCUGAUGUGAAGCAUAAGAAGGACUCUAAAAUCAAGGAUCAAACAAAGCCGAAACAACCAAAUCAAAAAGAAGAACCUACCAAGCAGCAGCGUGAAAGCAGAUCAAAAACUAAAGAUGUUCCAGAUAAAGCUACAUCUGAGAAGGAAGUUAAAGCUACCAAAGGUCAAACAAAGGGAAAGAAUAAGGCUAAACCGAAAGACCAAAUUGUUUCUGCAGAUGAAGUACAGGCACCUAAUGAGCAGAAACCAAUUCCUCAAGCAAAGGCAGAGGAAGGCAUUCAUAAAUCUGAUAUUACACGGGCAGCAAGUGAAAUUAAAGUCGAAAAAAUUGAAACGAAGAUUGAAGUUUCAAAACAAAAAUCAGAUGCGGUAGACAAAGCAAAAGCAAUUGAAUCCACUGAGACUGAAGAAAUUGCGAAGCCCACUGGUGAUGUCAAGGCCCACGAACCAAAAGUAAAAGAACCGAAAGAGAAACCAAAGGCGAAAGAACAAAAAACUUCUGCAGACUCAAAAACUAAAAAAGCAUCGAAAUCAAGUGACCAGGAUAAGUCUAACGAAAAGCUAGAAACGAAAGAUGUCGUGACAUCCGCAAUUGAUUCAAGAGUGCAGGAACCCACUUUGGAUGCGAAAACGGAAAAACUGAAGGUUGAUAAAACUAAGGUCAAAGAUGAAAAGGCUCAGGAAGAUAAAAAGUUAAAGAAACUACCAAGUGAAGAAGAAAAAACUGUCGAAAAAAAUGAGCCAACGAAUAAAGGAAAGACAAGUGCUGAGGUGAAGUUAUCGGAAUCUUCCGUGCUUGCUAAGGCAGAAAAAAUAAAGGAAACAGAUAAAACAAAUAAAGAAAAAGUUCCAGAAGACAAAAAAUCGAAGAAAGCUCGCAAGUUGGGCGACCAAGAAAAAGCGAAAGAACAGUCUGAGGUGAAAGAUAAAGCAAAGACCUUCCCUGACGCUAAAUCGCAAGAAUCUGAAGUAUCCUCUACUCUUGAGAAAGCUGAAGAAGUGACUACCACAAUAGAUCAAAAGCAGAAGGAAGUAAUAUCGAUCGAAUCUGUUGAGACUAUUCAGCAGCGGAAAUUGAAGGAAAAAUUGGAGUCAAAGCAAAAAUACGAGUCAGAUCAGACGCCUAUGAAACCACAUCCGCAAGAAAUACAGGUUACACGCAAUAUAAGUAAAAAAACCGAGACUAAAGCAAAGGAGGAUAUAAUCUCUGAAGAAGUAAAAUCUAAAAAUUCCGCUAAGGUGGCUGAGCCACAAAAAAUCAAGGAACAGCCUGAGGAGAAAGACAAAACUGCAGAAAUGGCGUCGAAACAAGAAAAGCCUAUGCCAGCUGAAGUUAAAAAACCUGAAACACCGGCUUUGAGCGGAGAAACCAAAGUGACGGAUAAAUGCAAAGCGCCAGCAACGUCGGAGAAGAGCAAAUCAAAGAAAUCCACAAAAUCCAGUGAUCAGGCAAAGCUGAAGGAAAAUCUCGAAAUUAAAGAAGGAUCAAUUCCCAUCGUUGAUUCAAAAGCAGAAAUAAUUCAAACAACUGUUGAACCUAAAAAGUCCAAAGAGAAAUCUGAAAUACAAGGGCAUGAGACCCAGAAAACAACAAAUUCAGCCACGAAAUCAAGUGAUCAGAAAAAGACGGUAAUUGAUUCAAAAACUCUAAUUCCUGAAUUAUCAACGAAAGUUGAAGACUUGAAGGACAUAGCUGCAGUAGUACUGCAAAACCUAGGAGCUACGAUAGAGAAGCCCAAAGAUCCAGUUACAGUAAGUAAGGAAAAGAAAGUCAAACAGGAAACUAAACGUGAAGAAGUAAAACCAAAAGUGGAAGCUAAGACAGAAGACCAGAAAUUAAUCGUUGAGGAGAAGAAAGUAAGUGAAGUCACUCAGACGAAAUCUGAACUAGAUACUGGCGCUAUUAAAACACCAGAUAAUCUCCAAAACAAAAAAGAAAAAAAAGAUAAGAAAAAGCAGCCAGAAAUUGUAGAUAAGGACAAAAGUGAGGCUCCGAGUUCAUCUAAGAAAUCUGAUGAAUCCAAAGAACAGUCGACUACGCGAAAGGAAUCAAAAUCACCUGAAACGGCACAGCCUAAAGAAGAGAAGAAACCCCAGACUGUGACCAAAGUGGAAAAAGAUGUUGCAACACCUCCAAAAGACGUGGCAGCAGAAUCCAAACCGAAAGAUUCAAAGCCAGUUCAGACUCAAGUCAAGCUUGAAGAAACAGUAAAGAUUGCAGUGGAAUCAAGUAUCGAAACAGAGAAACAGGCGACAAGUAAAUCGAAGGAAGGUAAAGAGUCUGAGGAAAUUACCGCUGCUCAAAAUGAUCAAGUACCGAAGAGGACGGAAACAGUGGAAACAAAGUAUGAUGUAUCUCUGAAGCAACAAGCUGUCGAUGGUCAAUCGAAGCACGCUGUCCACGAAAAAGUUGAGACCGAUAAUAAGAUUUCGAUCGUUGCAAAGAAUGAGCUCAGUGAUCGAAGUGUUGAAGGUGAAGGAGUGUUAAAAGACGAUCAAAAAGUACGUGAGGCAAAGGAGAAACCUAAAGAAGAUAAGAAUUUGGACAUAGAUAAACAUCUACCAAAAGCAAAACUCGAGAGUCAAACAUCAGACCCACUCAAAGACACUGUAAAAACUAGCAUCGAGACAACACUUGAGACAAAAACGAAGGACAAAAAAGCAGUUUCAAAGCCAGAGGAACCUACGGAUAAGAAUAAAAAAUCUGCACAUACGAAACCCGAGAAACUCCAGCAAGUUGCUACUAAAAUUCCAUCAACCGGAUUACCGACACCUUCUACAACAUCAGCAGACGAAAUCGACAAAUCAGGAGAAAAAGUUUCUUCCGCAAUCAUCACAGAGCUUAAAUUUGAACAAAAGCCGUUGAAAGAAGUGAAAGAAAAACUUGUCAUUGAAAAGAACAUCCAGGAGGAGGUCCCAGAGUCCCCUGAAGAAACGAUCAUAGAAACACAGCACCUUGAAUCUGACGCAGCACCGAAACAGAAAGUGCAAUUUUACAUCGAUGACGAAGUACUUGACCUCAGUAAACACGAUGAGAAAAUCAUUUUGCCCAAAGAAGAGUCGGGCUUGACAGCUUUGUCGAAAUUCAUACCAUUAGACAGUGGUUUUUGGUUCGAAAAGUGGGACUACCACGAAGCAGAACGUCUUCUGUUCGAAAACUUAGCAAUCGUUGAGAAGCCAGAAGUAACAAAUGAAGACGAGCCCAGUGAUAAGGGUCCACAUGACAAAGAUGAUGACAACGACGACGAUAAUAAUUCUCAUCGUAACGGCCCGCAAGGUCUUUCCAAUGGCCUGAGUUCGCAAACAUCCGCGAGCGCGCCGCAGACGGAACGUUUAGUCGCAGAUCUUCCGGGCGGUAUCGGUAGUUGGACUGAUUAUAGCACUUACUUAGCUAACGAACCGUUAGAUAAUCAUCAAGACCUUCCGCCAGACCAUACAUCCGAGCUAGUUCGUAGAAUGGCAGAAGAGAUUAUAACCGAUUUAGAUGUUCCCGAUAGUCCGUUCUCCGAAACCUUGACCUUAUCUUCAACCCCUUCCCAUGCCAUACCGCCACCCUCUUCAUCUUUAGGUAGACAGACAGAAACAUCCAUGCAGCACUGGAGUUCACUCCGGGAGGUGGAGAGAGAUACCAUGGCAACGGCCGUGACCGUGGCCGAGAGAACCCGAAGGCUCAAGGAAUCGAUUUCGGAUGACCUUGCAUCCCUGAAGUUGGCAGUGACGCGACUUGAGCUAUCAUUAGAUUGUUUGCCCGGAGAUAGCAUACAGUCUAUGCUUUCGGCACUUGUGACAAUACUAGCGGAUCUUCAGGUGUACGACCGACAGGCAGUCGGCAUAAACACGUCAUUGGCAACGAUCCCCAGAGAUUCCGAAACUCAGCAAUUGUCAUCGACUCUCAAGGAAAUUCGUGCGCGAAUCGCAACCCUUUCAUCGCAAGCAGAGCAGGGAACUGUUGCGUUGGAGAAUGCACGAAGUGCACAAGAACGUCGUCAGCGAGAAGUCCAAAUCUACAUGUCAUUCCUGGAUGAAACUGAAAUAUGGAUUAGGCAGAUCAUCGCGACCAUACACGAAAAACAAUCAGUGACGGCGUGCAAGGUGCUUCUCGAGGAAAUAGAAACUCGGGAGAAGCGAGUUGCGGAAAUGGAGUCACUUCCCGAAGUGAGUGCCCUGGCGAAAACUAUGAGGGAGGCUCUGAGGGACGUCGCGACGCGUCUACGACACAAGCAGCAGGAGAUUGAGGACUUAGAGGAAAUGGCAGAGGCAGAAGAUGACGCGUCCGAGCGUGGGGAAGGUACUUUAGACUCAGCGCCUUCGAUUCACUCCUCUUUAGAGCACGAGCCCCAUUCUCUGCCAUCGCAAGCUGAUGUUUCCUUGCAAACCGGUCAGAGCUUGUUACUCAAUGCGAUCACGAUUGAAAAACCAGCCCAGUUGACAAAACAAACGUCAACGACAACAACAACUGUUCAAAAACCAGCUCAGCUCACCAAACAAACGUCCACCACUCAGAUACCGGUCUCUACCGCGUCUCAAACGAUGCCAACGGAAUCGAGCACACUCGUGAAGAGAGACGAGGACAACGCCCAAACUCAGGAGACGAUCAAAAUUGUAAAAUCUUCGGUCGGCAAUCACGAUGUAAUCGAAAUAGCGACGAAAAAUGUGCCUUCCAGUACGAGCUCAGAAUUCAUCAGACGCGAACAAUCUGGGUCAAUGCCAGAUGACAUAGUGGUCGACAUGAAGUACCAAGACGCGCAGAAGACCGAGAGCGCGACGUCGGAGUUGAACAUAUCGCACGCUGCUCCGCAGGCCUUCGAAACUUUCCUGACAGAACCUGACGAUACGACAACUGAAGUAGUGGUCGACGCCGAUGGCACGAAGAGAAUCAUCGUUCGAAAGCUCCGGCGCACUUUGGUAACAAGCCAACAAACAACUCAACAACAUUUGACCACCUUGUCGACAGCAGUGGACGGUAACCCGCCGGUUACGCAAGCCUUUUCAGAGGCCACCAUGAGAGGCCAACAAGUUACCGUCACGCGAUCGAAGCCCGAUGGAACUGUUGAACUGUCGACGACUCAGUCCUACGGGGGACGCGUUACCACUGGUGCACCGGGCGGCGAAAUCAACGUUGAAGAGUUCGAGACGGGACCUCAGCAUUCGCACCAAAUAAUCCAAGGCAACAUUCAGGAUUUGCAGCUUAAACCGAUAGAAGGUGAACCGUCGGCAGUAGAAUCUGGGGAGUAUCAAACUACCACUUCGAGCGUUCACGCCGUAGUCCAGCAAGUUACUCGCCGAGUGAUCAGAAGAACCAGGCGCACCAUUCGGAAGAUUACCAUAAUUGACGGCAAAGAAACAACGACUGAGGAAGUUAUCGAAGAACCGGAAGAAGUGGAAAUCGACGAGCAAGAUAUACCGCACAUUAGUAUCAACGUAACCAGAAAUGACAAUGAGAGAAUCAUCGAUAACAGUAUUGCAUUUGCUCCUGAAGGUACCACUGGAGUUGAAAGACAUAUCUUUGAUGCCCAGGCCAGUGCGCAGGUACCUCAGCCUCUACUUCCGGAAGGUACGGUGCCACUUACACCGGGAAGUCCGAUGCAAGGACCGUUCUUUGGACCAUUUGCCAAAGAUAUGACAUCAAAAUCUUCUUUUACAGAGACAAUUCAAGCUCCUACUUCCAUCGAGUCGAAGCCGGAAGAAGUUCUGAAGAAAUCGGAGAAAGGUAGUGACGAAGAAAGCCCCUUAGCCGCAGAAAACAAGAUGAUAGAUCAAGCUUUUGAGGAGCCGUCGAAAGACGAUGAAGGAAUUGUUGAAUCGAACAUUCAAACUUCGUUUGAUGUUAAAUCUGUGACUAUGGAAUCGGAACGUACCGAAACCCCUGUUGUGGUAGAUGUAAUUCCAAAGAUCACAGUUGUCGAGAAACAUGCUAUGGAAUAUUUGCCCAUUGAGGUAAAUGAUGCACACGACCAUCAGCCAGCAGCUGGUCUAAGUCAAUUGUUAAUCAACACUGAAAAAUGUCAAAUUUUGCAGACUCCUAUCGAUGACGUGUCGAUUGGUGAUUCAAAAACCGAACCAUCCGUAGAAACUGCUACUGCUGAGGAUGAUGUCGUAGCUCGCGCUAAGUGUAAGUCCGAUGCACCUAGUAAAGGUGACUCACAAAUCACGAAACUAGUAUCCGGCACGGUAGAAAUAGUAGAGCAUGCAGGUAGCAGCACAGUAGAAGAUUUUAAUAAACAAAGUAUCCCUGUGCCAGAAGAAAUGAACCGUGAUGAGCUCGUCAGAAUUCAGGAGAAAGAAGCAACACCUGAAAAACAGCCUUCAAAAGAACUAAGUCCAACAGCUGAACAAAAAUUAAUAAUAAAAUUGAUGGAGACUGAAAGCGUGGUAAUAGAACCGAUCGAGGCAGUUCACCAAAUACCUGAUUCACCUAAAGCUCUUGAAUCCACGACACCAUUAGUACUUGAAACUCAGCCGGUGCAAGAUACUUUAAAACUUAUAGCUGACGAUGAUAAAAAUAAGGUUCAACAAUCUACAAAAGAGAAUAUUGUCAUUCCAGAGCAACCAGAUAAUAAAAGAGAAACGUUCACCUACCAAAUUGUAACUCAUCAUAAAUCAAACGAUGACUUCAUUGAACACGAACGUGCGAAUGCAUUGACAGACCCACAAUUGAGUUCAGUCUCUUGCGGAUCCGAGUACAAACCAGUGAUGGAAAAGGUUGAAAUAUCUUUAUCGGUACAGAAGAAAGACGAAGAGGCAGGUUCAUCUGUAUUCGUAAGAACUGAGGCUGAACGUCCUGAGGUAGCUCCGUAUCACAUAGUGAAGGAAGACGUAGACAUUAAUCUCCCCGCAGAGAAACAAACAGUGCACGUAAUCCACAACAAAAUAGUUCAAACAAGCACCGUUCCGACAACUGAAAAAGAAACCGAGACGUACCCUGAGCCUUCUGAAAAAAGCGAAUCCGACGGUACAACGAGUAGGAAAAUUCGAAAAAAGAAAAAACAUAAAAAUAAACCUGAAACCCCUGAAAAAUCCGUUACAGAAGACUCCAGCGCCUCCAUUACUACCACGAUUGCUGAUUCUACCGAUAUUAACGUACCGAUGACAGAUUCUUCGAAACAUGAAUCUGAACAGCCGCAACCGGACUUGAAAGAUAUUACAGAACCAUUGUCUUUGAUUUCAACUUUCCGCGAUGAUAACUCGGAACCGGAUCACGGUUACGAACCUGACGACAAAACAACGGUAGAUGAAAUUUCUACCGCUGAGGAUGACGAAGGUGGGAAGAAAAAGAACAAGAAGAAAAAGAAGAAAAAACAGAAGGUGAAAACUAAGCAUGACGAAAACUCAGAAGUACCUAAAACAACUACCGACGAAGCAGACUUCACGGAUGAAAUUAUUCCUGUUGAUUCUGAAGCGAGUCAAGUGGAUGCGAAGGAUAAGAAGCGUAGGCAGAAGAGCGAGGCUUUAUCGAAUGUUGAGAACAUAGAAAUCGAAAUAAAACCUAAAGAACCGGAACCGAUACGUACUGAGAUUGAAACGCAAACUGUCGUUGAAACUUGUGACGUAGGAGCCGGAGUCAUGUCACCCGAAAUACCACAAAUCAUCACAAGCUCAGCACAAACUUCACCUGAACCUGUAGUAGCGGACAACGAGGAACAAGAAGUUCAGACAGAAAAAUUGAGCGAAAUUAAUAUCGAGGUGCAAACUUCUCCAAAACCCGCCGUUGACGUGUCCAAUCAAACUAGUAAGCCUGAAACACCAGAUAUAGAAGACUUGGCUAUGCAAACGGUCACGCCUAUUCCUAUACCGACCGCAGAUGAUGAGGUGCAAACAAGUCCUGUACAGGAAGAGAAACCGAAGAUUGACGAAACUUUUGUACAAACGAGUCCAAUUCAAGUCGAAAAGCCGGUUAUCGAAGAAACGUAUGUUCAAACUAGCCCAGUCGAACCUGAAAAACCGCGUGCUGAGGAAACCUCCGUUCAAACGAGUCCUUUCGAAUCUGAGAAGGUAAUCCUGGAGGAAAACUUUGUCCAGACAAGUCCUAUUCACCCUGAAAAGCCGGUUGUUGGAGAAAUGCAGUGUCAAACCAGCCCGAUUGAGCCAGAGAAGCCAGCAAUUGAGGAGCAUUUCAUGCAGACAAGUCCAGUGCAACCUGACAAACCAGAAAUUAAUGAAAUCUACGUUCAAACGAGCCCAAUCGAACUCGAGAGGGUGGCUGUUGAUGAGGCUUUUAUGCAAACGAGUCCAAUUCCAGUGGAAGUACCAGAAAUUGGAGAAACGUAUGUUCAAACCAGCCCGAUUGAACCUGAAAAAACAGAGAUCGACGAUGCGCAAGUACAAACGAGCCCUGUCGAUUUAGAGAAGACAAAGGUUGACGACAUUCAAGUGCAGACCACUCCAGUUGAAGGAAUCACCAUAGAAUCUCAAACCUCUCCAAUCCAAAGAGAGCCCACCAAUGAAAUAGAGACACAAACAAUUUCACCAGAGCCCAAAGCAGUGCUCGAAGACGCAGUUCAGCAAACAACUCCAUUGCCUAAUGAGACAAAGAUGGUAUCACAGGAAGCUACGAUGCAGACUAUCACACCAGAACCUGUCGUCACGACGGAAGUGGACAUACAAACCAGUGUAACACCCACGCCUGCAAUGCCUGUAUUAGAAGACUCCACCAUACAGACUGACGUAGUCGAUCAUAUACAAAUCGAUACCUCCGAGACGCAGACAACCCCUAAAGAAAGCCCGCGUCCGGCAGUUACUUCCGAUAUGGAAAUACAGACCAAGACACCAGAACCAACCACUGAAAGUGCUGCGCAAACAAGCACCAUUCAAAGUCCAGAGCCUACCGAAGCCCCUGAAUUACUACCCAUGACAACUGUCGAAAAAACCACGAUAACUAUCGAAGAAGAGUCGCAAACUGUUGUCCCCGAAAAAUUGACAGCUGUAGAUUCGUCGAUACAAACUAAGGUGCAUGAACUUGUUCCAACUUCUGAAGAAAGCACUCAAGCUGUUCCAACUACGCUUGAUAUUAGUGCUCAAACUAUAGUGCCAGAAAAAACUGUUGAUCGUACACCUGAAAAGAAAGAUUUAGCCACAAAGGAACUGGGAGUGACCAGAAUCGUUGCUAAAAAAGAAGAGCCUGUUCAACAGCAAUCGGAGACGGACUCGUUUACGGAUACUUCGUACGAAAUUCACGUCCAAGCCACCAUCGAAAUACCUGAUAGCGCCAGUCAAAGUUUCCUAGAUUUUGAACGCGCUUCAGCGAUAGAAACGUCGCAAGACACGAGUAUUACCGAAGAACUUUCGGAGAACGUUACGAGCUUGGAAGAUGAUACAGCCAGGCUAGGGAGAAGACAGCGGAGGAAAAGAAAACACAAGACAAAUGAGGCACAAGAGUCGGCUCCAUUUACCAAAGAAAAAGAAAAAACUGACCUUGAAACAAUAUUUGGUCAGCCUACAACGGCUCUUGAGUCACGACCAAAAUUGUCUUAUUCCGACGUAGCCAGAAAAAAUUCCGAUCAAACGAGAUCUGGGUCGCCACCAGAUUCUUCUGAAGAAUAUGCCACGAAUAAACAACCGGGCAACAUCGUUGUAGGAAAAGUAUUGACCGAUAUUGACCUAAGCUCCAUCAGAGCGCAAGGUAAAGUUUCGCAGAAAUAUGAAACCGAGGCAGAAAUCAUCACGUCCAAAGUUACCAUUGCGAAAUUGAAGUCUUCUGAUCCGAAUACAGCCCAAGUGCAGGUAGUGUCAGUUUCUCAAGAAAUUUCGCCACACCAAGAACGCCUUACGGAAAAAAUGCCUAAAGAUGAGGUAAAGCUGAUAAUAUCAACGGAUCAAUCUCAAGGCUCAACUUUCCUCUCAACUUAUUCUGAUGUAUCAGCUAAGCCAGCGAAAACUCCAGAUUCGAGCCAAGUAGGUAUAGAUUCUCGUCAAUCUAUCAGAGAGGCUAUAAGCAUUGUAACAGCUCCUGAACCAAUGGAUACGACAGAGGAACCCCUUUCUCCAACGGAAUCUGUGCUUUCCGCAAAAACUAAACCAUCAUCAAAAGUGGAAGUGAAAUCUUAUACCGACACGAUUGACGACCAAAAAACAUCCAAAGUUCCUGUGCCUUUGAGUACAGAGUAUGAAAAACGUGAUACCAGUCCCAACUCCAGCUGGGAAGACAGACUCUUAGUAUCGCACAGUCCUGUUCGAAAAACACCUAGCCCAACAUCCUUGCUUCUUGCGGAGGCGUUGGAAUACGGUGUUCCGCAAAAUCAAGUCUCACAGCGUACAAGAGCCACAAAAGUCAUAGCAGACCGUGUAAGGAACUCGCAAAAUGCGAAACAGACCACUCAUUUAUCCAACAUACUUUACAUAGCAACUCUGGAUCAGGUGAUUACGACCGAAUCCAUCGAAGAACUAAGUGGAACUGUUCAACGCGGUUUGGGCCAGCUGCGAGCUGCUGUCGAAGAAGAAAGUGAUACAGUCAUUAUAAAACAUACUCUGAUCACAGUAGUUGAGACCAUAUCAACCUGGCUCGAGUCUGUGGAGUACAGAAUUUUUUUGAGUAGGGAAAGUCCCCACGGACCUUCACACGACGACCUGCGAACGUUCAUUGAACUGAAAGAAGAAAUCAAUCAUGUCGAAGAAAGUGUCAGGGAGUUGGACUCUAUUUGGAAUAACGUCGAAGUGCACUUCGUAGAAGAAGAUCGUGAAAGAAUAAUGGAGUGUCUGGAUGCUCUACAGUCUCAGGUUCAGGCAAUCGAAAACGUCACUGAUGACGGAGAGAAGUACGCUACUACGGAACUUAUCCGCUGGGACGAGUUCCUGAAUGGUGUUAACAACGUCUCUCGACUAGUUGACGAACAUCGAAAGCAACUGGAUAUCAUCAUAGCGAGUGAUGCGUCGACGCAGUGGAAGCUUCAAGAGCUAGAAAAAAUUGAUAACACUAACCGCUGUCACAUGUGGAAGACUGGAAAGUUGGUUUCUGCCGCGAGACGAAUUUUGAAGGAUUAUCCCGGGAAGAUUGUCCCCGAGGACACUUACGCCGCUCACGAAAUGACCCGAGUCAUCGAGUACACCAUCUGCAUUGAGAGAGACCGACUGCUACAACUUCUUUCCCUCGCCGAAGAGUACGAGCAAACGUUGCAGGAAUUUGCACAGAUCACCGAGAUAGCGGAGAACUUGUUGGACAGUCCAAUAUCAGUCGCGAGCUUAGAAGACCUGCAGGAGGAAAUGCAGAAGCAUCGGAAAUUCUUCGUCAACUUGAACCACUGUCGCGCUAUUCUCGAAUCUCUAGAGGGCAACCUUGAUAGAGAAACAAGAGCAAAGUAUUCCGAUCUCCACGAGGAACUUCACAGGAAAGCAACCACGCUGCUUGACCAGGCUGCUUCUCGCGCUCAGCAGAUGUCUCUGGCAGCUUCAAGAUGGAUUAUACUUGAACAAGGACUUAAGGAGGAAAGGGGAUGGCUGGGAGUUGCUCACCAACGGGUUCCGGACCUACAAACAGUCACGUCCUCUGACUAUGAACAGUAUAUUUCGCUUUAUCAGUCAUUAUCCUCCGACAUCGCGACCCACCAUGCACGUCUAAUUCAGCUAUUAGGAGUAGCUCGUAGCUUGGAAGAAUUGGUGCAAAUUGAAGACCCCGAAGAUCGAUAUGGAGAGGCACUGGAUGUUAUCAUCAAGCUUCAAGAUGAAGUGGAAUCUUCUUUGAGGCGUCUCAUAGCAUUUAAAGAUCGCUGGACAACCCAGGAAGCGUUAGUUGGUCGAUUGGAAAAUUGGAUGAACUCCGCGGAACGUGAUCUUGCAUUUGUCCACGAUCCAUCGGGCGGUAACAUGCGACAAUUCUGGGAAAUAAAAGCGCAGUACGAGGUGCACAACAAUAUCCGUAACGAGGCUGAGAACAACUUCGAGCAGGCACUUAGAAUCGUUCCAUUGUCAGACGAGAUGCUUCAGAGGCAGUUCCACGGUGAGCUCCAAGACCGUUGGCAAGGCGUUACCGAAAAGAUAAACACGAUCCAAGCUUCCGUUGCCGAAAAUAUAUCGUCGAGCGACGUCCCGGUUAACGACAAGCUAAAGCUCUUGGAGCGAGAACUGAACGAACUUCGUGUCACCAUCGACGAUUUCCAUGGAGUUCUGAAGACCGAAGAAGAGCUUGACCUGUACGUUGAACGGUUAUCUGUUCUCUUCGAUAGAGUCGUCAUCAUACAGGAGGAACUCGGCCGGCUAGGACUACUUCCGGCUGCAGAAAGCGAGCGGGUCGGAGUCCUGCUGUCAUCGGCACGCCGCAUCGAAGGAUUGAUCGGCGAGGAGCUAGACGCUGCGCAACUUCUCAGAGAGCGCUUGCAAGCCUUGCAACGAGGUCUCGCGCGGGUUCGUAGAUCUCAUCAGAGACAGUCAUCCGUUCUUGACCAAUGCGAAGGCAACGAGGGUCAAGGUAGUGAAAUCGUGGCGGCGUGCGUGGAUCGGUGCCACGGCGUCGCCGAGGAGUUGACCAACUUGUGGCAAGAUCUGAUGGGACUACGCCAGGUUCUUCACACCCUACCGAUGCGGACCAGGGUGUCGGUGUCACCACUCGCCGUUGAAAGAAAAAUCUCCAACCUUCAGGAUGUACACACUGAACUGGAAUCCCGGUGCGCAAGACUCCUUACUCUUCUUCGGAACAGACUCGGGCUCUGGCGCAGAUUUGAAAGGCAGUUGGAGCUCGUUCAGCAGUCCGUUCAGGAGGCGGAUUACAUGAUGGAACUUCUUACCGUCCAGGGAUCCGUCGACUACGAAAGACUGCUGAAGGCGACCGAACGGCUGGAGGGUCUAAGCGGAGAUUUGGGCGCUCGCGAGGUCCUUGUUGGAGAACUUCGGGCCGCAGCCGAACCUCUACGGGAGUCCUGUACGGCGGAGGUCGGGGAACGCGUCGAAGCCGCCGUCCAGGAGGCGGUCCAGGCCUGGGAAGAUACGAGGGCGGAACUAGACGCCCUUUGCAACAAGUAUAAUCACGCCGUUAGACUUUGGCAGCAAUAUCGGGACGCAAGCGCCGCUGUCAAGGCUUGGGUCGACACGCAAAUGGGCAGCGUGUCCAACUUGCCACCCGAAGAAGCAAGGAAGCAAGUCAAGGUUUGCGAGGAAACACUGGCCGAACACAAGGAGAGAUUGGCCGAACUUCGUGGACUUGUGGCACAGAUCGCCUCGGACGUUGGCCUUGACGCAGGCGGCCCUUUACACACGGAGGUCGAGGCGCUGGGUCGCCGUCUUGAGGAUGUAAGGGAAGCCCUGUCGACUCUGGCCGACACAGCAGACGCCAGAGCGCUGAACCAGGAGUUGGCGAUCGGUGAUCUUAACCAUACAAAGAUCUUCCUCGACUCUGUCCAGCAGAGUCUCGCGGCCGUAGGUCAUGGAGAUUCAAAGGAGCAACUGAAAUUACUCAGAAAUCAUCUCCUAGCGUUAACGCGAACGGAGCCUCAUUUGCAGUCGAUAAAAGACCGAGCCCUGGAGACCGCACCUCAAGAAACCUCCGUGGUCGAAGUACUGCAACUAUGGCAGAGGGUCUUCCGAGAGACUUUCCAGCAGUAUCAUCGGCUGUCGGCUCGAUUGGUUCGUUCGCAGGACGGCGCGGCUGCUUUGCGUCUCUGGCAGGAGUAUCUCGCUCAUGUUCAAGACUUCCUGUCGAUGGGAGUCCCCGGGGAUUACAGCGGUCUCUCAGAGCACAGACACCUGUGCGAGGUUCACAAGAACCUGCUAACUGAUCAGCAGAAUCUCUUGCUGACCGUGAAUUCCGAGGAGGGUCGCGAACUCUCCGUGGCCGAGCAGUUUAACGCCUUGACGAAUCUCCACAAUGAGACUCUCGCAAAGAUCAUGGAACGACAUGCCGCGGUGCGAGACCGUCUCGCUGCUUGGGAAAAGUACAGACAUGACCAGAACAGGCUUUUGGCCUGGCUCAAGGAGACGGAGAGGGAAAGGAGCAGACUCCAGCUCCGGUUCAUCCAUCUGCGAAGACUGGACAAGGUCCUCGCGAGAAUCCAUUCCCUCUUGGAGAAAUUACCCGCUGGCGAGAUGCAGGCCGAGUCUCUUUCCGGCCUGCAAGAAUCUCUGCUGGUCAACUGCGACGAGGCCCUUGCCGCUUCGGUGCGCAUGGAACACGCCGCGAAUACGCAACGUAUAGCAAACAUUCGGGCUGGACUUGAAACUUGGAAAGACUUCGUCGUCCGGAUACAGGAGCUCAGUGAACAGCACGAAAAACAAAGCACCAAAAUCACAUCUGCCUUCCAAGAAGUCAGCCAAUCGCUGAACAACGCCUUCCUCCUUGGACCCAGCAGUCUAACGCGAACUCGUCAAGAGCUCGACUCGCUUCAGGAUGUCAAGGCCAAACUGGCUGCUACCACCUCCGAUCUUGAAGCGCUUGGUAUAACGGCCGAACAAUUGAAGGAGUGCCUGAGUCCUUCCGAAAUGAAGUCCCUGAACCAGCACGGUUCUCUUCUGUGGCAGCAGCACGGGGACCUCGAACAUCAGUUGGCUCUUCUUGCUCACAGACUAGGAGAACGAUGCGGCCUUUAUAACCGCUGGGAAACUAGACGAUCUCGAUUGAUCACUUGGACAGUAGAUGCCGAGGAUAGAAUACAGAACUGUGACUCUAUGGCUGUGGAUGAACCUGAAGAGGCUCUGAAGAGGGUAGAGUCCGAACUUCAAGCCGAAAUGGCUCUUAAGCAGAGGGAAUUGGACUGGCUUCAGAACACUGGUAAAGAGUUGAUUGAGGUUGCAGAGGACAGCACGGAGAGAGAGAAACUGGAGAGAUCGUUAGACGAGCUCAACGAGAGAUGGUCGAAGUUGUUGAAUGCCAGUAAAGCUCGGACAAGCAAGAUAGAAGACCUGGUUCACACGACUAAUAACUUGGAAAGACGAAUAGCCGAGAUAAGACAGUGGCUCGGAGGAAUCGAAGUGCAGUUGAAUGAGCCGUUCAUCCUUGAAGCAAGGAGUCAGAAUGCCGUCGACAAGAAGAUCCAAGAUCACGACGUCCUGCAGAAGAUGAUCGAAGCCGAAAGCGGCAACAUCGGAGAGGUUCUGAACCUGUGUGAAAUACUGCUCAGCGAUUGUGACUCUUGGAAGGCAUCCUUCAACACGGAUGCCAUCAAGUCUGGGAUGGACGGUUUGGAACGACGGUGGAAAGCGGCUUGCGUUGGUUCCGCAGAACGCAAACGGAAGAUCAUGAUUGCGUGGAAGCUGCUCCAGCAGUUGGAGAAGCUAAAAACGGAACACGAAGAGUGGCUCAUAAAAACCGAAUCAGAAUUGCAGAAGCUCGAAAGUCAUGUCGAUGACCUGUCGAAAAAGGAGACUGCGAAGACUGUGCAGAAGGCCAAGAAGAUGUUGAAAGACGUCGAAGCUCACAGUCCCGCUCGUCAGACACUCGAACAGAACUACAGCCGCCUCGCUAAGGGUGGUUUGGAGCCUGACAAUUUGAGAUCUUUGACCGCUGAUGUUCGUGGAGUAAUCGAUAGGUGGAACGCGCUUCGACCCAGAAUUGAUGCGGUGUUGACUGCGCUGCAAAGCGAGCAGAAGAGUUAUCGCGAAUUCAUCACUAUUCACGGCACAGCUGUCGUUGCGCUGACGCAAAUCGACGUUCGGUUGACGCAGCUUCAGCACUUGGCUACUCCAGAGCAAAAAGCCUCUCCGCGAAAAAGGAUGCAGCAACUUGCAGAGAUAGCAAAAGAAUUGGUAGCGCUGGACGCGACCCUAGAACGGGCUGACAAAUUAGCGUUGAAAGUGAUGGAGGAGAGUCACGCCGACGAUGUCGGUACUAUUCAGGAACUUGUUGACGAAUAUCAACUUUUGUGGAAGGACAUUAAAUCCCGUCUCGCCGAUCUCCCCGCUCAAGUUGAAUCGCAAGAGAAAAUGGAAGUCGACGCAGCCAUACAGGUGGAAACACUUAAAUUUGAACAAGAUUCGGCUGUGCAGGUUGACACCUUGCCAAGAAUUGUUAGGAUGACCUCGUGCGACGCUUAUCUUAUGGAAUUGGAAGGUGCGAUUAGAGAGUGUCGAGCCGCACUUGAUGCUCUAGAGGUUGCCGUCACACCGGAUCCCGUUGCUGGACCGGGUCUUCCUGCCGCUGCGAAAAUCAUGGCCAAAUUAAUUGGAAGCUGUCAAUCCUCCGUGGAAUUGGUCAGACAUUUACACGGUUUGCUGGUCGGAGACGAGAAGCUGAGUGAAGAAGCUGCGAAGAGUUCUGAAGUCGCAGUACUGACAGCUCGAUAUGAGGAACUUUUGAUUCGAGCACGAGCUCGAGAACAGCAAAUAAGAGAAAUCAGGUCUCCUCUCUCAGACGAUUACUCUUUUCCAUGCGAACAUGACGGCGGAAGAUUGACAUGCCCGCUUUGCUCGCGGCGAAAUUGGGCUCAGCUUGAUAAUGAUCUAUGGAGAUUAGAGAAGUGGCUACAGCUGGCAGAGGGUACACAAAGCGAGCAGCAAUCGCCGCCGAGUGAUAUAGAACAACUCGAAGACGUGAUACAAGACCACCGUGAAUUCCUACUCGAUCUUGACAGUCAUAAGAGCAUAGUCGUCAGUCUGAAUAUAGUGGGAACUCAUCUCGCUGAUCACACGGAAGAUAUAGAACGUGCAAACGAACUGCGGGAAAGAUUGGCAACGGCGAAUAUGCGCUGGGACAGAGUUUGCCAAGCAGCAGGCUCGUGGCAAUCGGCGCUGCAAACAGCCCUCAUGGGCAAUCAGCAGUUCCACCGUAUUAUCGAGGAACUCGUAACUUGGCUCGAAAGAACCGAGGUUUCGAUAAGAGCCAGCGAACCCAUCGACCUAACGGAAAAUAACAACAUCAUCCAGGCAAAGUACAACAAGUUCAGGGAGCUGCGCAGUGAUCUCGAACGAUGCGAACCUCGCGUAUUGUCUCUGCAAGAGUCUGCUAACCAGUUGCUGGAAGAACGCGGCGAAGCUCGUAAACGACUUUCGGAACUUCGUCUUCGGUUGCAGUCGCUUCGUCGACUGACCGGAAUUUACGCCUUAAAAUUGGGCGCAGCUCUUGGACUAGAUCCACGAGAAGUGGGCCUCGCUGCAACAUCUUCGUCGCUUGCGUCCCUUUCUCAAGAUUUACUCGACGAAGCUACCUCAGGAACUGUUCAACCCCACGACACGGCUGCUGGAGAUGGUGACAACGAAGAUCGAACCGUAUUAGCGCGAGGAUAUCGGUUCUUGGGACGUGUUUUACGAGCCUCGCUUCCGAUCCAAGCGUUAAUGCUGUUGUUGCUUGGCGUUGCAACUUUGGUACCUUCGGCGGAAGAAGAUUACAGUUGCACGCUAUCUAACAAUUUGGCGAAAAGCCUCAGUCCAUCGUUUGAAUAUACUAACGGACCUCCUCCCCUGUAACAGUGUCAAAGACAUUAAUACUUCUUCUCAAAUGCCAGUCAGUAUAGACUUUACAGCAUGAUGUAAUCUGUGCUGGAGUAAAAGUGGUCAAGUGCAAAGAGUUAAUUAUUCGGUGGAGGCGACUACGCGCGUUAUUCGUACAUUUUCAUCACUCAUUACCUAGCACAGUUUAUACUGCUGUAAUGUUAGAUUAUAGUUAGUUUUACAAGAAGAUUUUGUAAAUAAAGAAAACAUAUAUAGCGGACCAAGCGGUUGAAUAUUCGUAAUGGCUGGCAGAGAAUAAUUGUUAUAAUUUAUUUUACGUUCUUUUGUAUAUUAUGAUGUAAUAUUGCGUGUACGGAUCGCUCGGAAGAAGUCUUGAUAUAUGGAUGUGUAAUUACCAAAUCUUGACGUCUGAAAUUGAUAUAUAUUAUUACGACUGUUGCAUUUAUGAUUUUGAAAGAAACAAAAGUAUGUACAUCAAGCGAGAAAAGUACAUACGACGCCGAGAUAAAACGAUUGAUAAAAAAGAAAAGGCUGACAUCCUUUGAUGGUAAUGUAUACUUAUAUUCUACUUAAUCAAACACGCGUGCCGUAUGAAAUUUAAUACCGCUACUACGUAAUAUCUAUACACUAUAAUUUGCGAUAACCGACACAUGUUAUUAUUAUACGUAAAUUAAUAUCGGAUAUGAUCACAAUUUUAUUUAUAUCAUUUUUUGUUGUAGAAAUGCGUCUUAUUUAUUAUUACAAUGUUCGUGUCCAAAUUGUGAUCUUAUCCAAAUAUAUGAUAAAACAAAAAUCAAUCCCGCAAUAUACCCUGAUUAACCUCUCGUAUAAUAUAUUAUAAAGUACUUUUAUUUAACAUUAUAAUACAUGUAUUCCUACUGUACGCAACAUUCAUACUAUAGAGGGGAACAAAGGAUACUUGCCUAACUUUAUUUUUCUAUAUUGUUUUAGUUUUAUUGCGAUUUAGUUAUAAGUCUGAUUUUGAAGAGUGGAACAUUCAAAGUCAGACUUAGAACAAUAUCCAUGGUCCGAUGGUGCUAUUCCAGUUGCGGUUUUCUCGACAGAAGGAACUUAGAUUUGUACAAUAUAAUUGAUUUAAUUGUAUAAUCAAUUGUUAUUAUAUUACUGCCGUGCGUGUAUCUGAAUUAGAAUGCGAAAGUUUAUCGAAUGAUGGUACGAACAAUGUGUGUAUACCAUGUUGAAAGUGUAACAAGAAUCGAAAGAAAUUGUUCCGAAAACGAACGAGAAAUUAUUGAACGCACAGAUUAACCAUAAGUUAAUUGGCGAAAUAAAAUACGAAUACUUACCGGGCCUAAAGCCAAAUAGUUACGCUUGAUAAUUUACAUGUUUUUUGCUUAUUGCACAUUGAGCUUUGUUACGUAUUUUUAUAAAGAAAGAGCUUAACGGUGGUGUACAUCUAUCGAUAUUAUAAUAUAUUGCUAUAAACACUAUUAAAUACAAUGCAGUUA